CAAUGUUACUGUGGGUGUGAGUCACACAGGGAGGGGAAUAGUUGGUCGUCCACUUCUCACAACCUUUCACUUACUGCCCAUCACCUCCAAACAUCUCCCCCAAAUCUCAAGGAAAUGCCAUUCCAGCAAUUCAACUUGCAAACUUUUUCCCAGUUACAAAGUUGAUAUUUAAUUCUGCUUGGAUUCUUUUUUUUUAAACUUUUCAAGUAUAUUUCGAGUUUUUCAACUGCACAUUUUUAUGGUAACUUUUUUAGAACGAAUACUCUUGCAUUGUUGUGGAGUUUCAGCAAUUUGCAGGUUGAACAAUUUGGAACAUUUUUGGUUGAAUUUUCAUGUUGGAUUCAAAUGAGGAGUUAACAUUUAGUGGAAACAUUCUGAGUCGCCCGGAUGGGAGGAAUUCCUAGGAUACUGGUGUUACUGGGAGUGCUGGGAGUUGUCAUAGCACAGAAUGGUGAGUAUAAAUGCUGGUUUUAUCUUUUGUAGAACUCGAGGAAAAAUCAAUACCUUAUACCUAACCAAAAAUACAUGUACCUACCCCUCCUAAUACACAGACAUCGGGACACCUACCUCUCACCUCCUCCUAAUACACAGACAUCAGGACACGUACCUCUCAUCCCCUCCUAAUACACAGACAUCAGGAAACCUACCACAACCCUCCUGAUACACAGAAAAGGAGACUCGUAUCUCUCAUCCCUUCCUAAUACAUAGACAUCAGGACACCUACCUCUCAUCCCUUCCUAAUACAAAGACAUCAGGACACCUACCUCUCACCUCCUCCUAAUACAAAGACAUCAGGACACGUACCUCUCACCUCCUCCUAAUACACAGACAUCAGGACACGUACCUCUCAUCCCCUCCUAAUACACAGACAUCAGGACACGUACCACAACCCUCCUGAUACACAGAAAAGGAGACUCAUAUCUCUCAUCCCUUCCUAAUACAUAGACAUCAGGACACCUACCUCUCAUCUCUUCCUAAUACAAAGACAUCAGCACACCUACCUCUCAUCCCCUCUUAAUACAAAGACAUCAGGACACCUACCUAUCAACCCCUCCUAAUACACAGACAUCAGGAUACCCACCUCUCACCUCCCCCUAAUACAAAGACAUUGGGACACCUACCUCUCACCUCCUCUUGAAACACAGACAUCAGGACACCUACCUCUCACCUGCUCCUGAAACACAGACAUCAGGACAUGUACCUCUCAUCCCCUCCUAAUAUACAGACAUCAGGACACAUACCUCUCAUCCCCUCCUAAUACACAGACAUCAGGACACGUACCUCAUACCUCCUACUAAUACACAGACAUCAGGACACCUACCUCUCACCGCCUCCUAAUAGACAGACAUCAGGACACGUACCUCUCAUCCCCUCCUAAUACAUCAGGACACCUACCUCUCACCCCCUCCUAAUAGACAGACAUCAGGACACGUACCUCUCAUCCCCUCCUAAUACACAGACAUUAGUACUCUCACCCCCUCCUAAUACACAGACAUCAGGACACCUACCUCUCAUCCCCUCCUAAUACACAGACAUCAGGACACCCAGCUCUCAUCCGCUCCUGAUAGACAGACAUCAGGACACCUACCUCUCAUCCCCUCCUAAUACACAGACAUCAGGACACCCAGCUCUCACCCGCUCCUGAUAGACAGACAUCAGGACACCUACCUCUCAUCCCCUCCUAAUACACAGACAUCAGGACACGUACCUCUCAUCCCCUCCUAAUACACAGACAUUAGUACUCUCACCCUCUCCUAAUACACAGACAUCAGGACACCUACCUCUCACCCGCUCCUGAUAGACAGACAUCAGGACAAAAACAGAACAAAUACUCAUUCUUCUUAUAACAAAACACAGGAACAGAUCCUUGCAGCACAAUACAUUGUAUCUGUGUGUACACAAUGCUCCUUGUUCUAGUGUUUAACUAAGCAAUUUAUCUCAUCAUGUUCAUGGCCUCCUGAUAGCAAGCACUCCCUCACACAGAUAACUGCUGCAAUCAUAAACAGAAUAUUGGAUAGAAAAGUGUCACUGAUUGGAAAGUUGUGUAAAGUUUAUCUCACUUUUAUAUCAGGGAUUAUUUUCUAGAUCUCUCCAGUGUGUCGAGAGGGAAUUGUGUCUGGGAAUUGUCCAGAUAUUGUGGGAUCAGUCCUCACAUUGACCAUAACUCCUGAGUGUCCCUAUUUUGGGCAGAAAUCCCUCUGUCCCUCAUUUUAUCCUAAUGUCCCUUUUUUCUGGGAUCUCUGCAUUGUUGGUGUGUCUGACAGGAUUGUCUACUUAAGUGAAAAUUCAGAGUAAAUUUCACAUUUAAGGCCAAAGCAGCCGAACUGAAAGCAUAGCUGACUUAGAGGUUUCCAGUUUGGUUACUUUGACCUGAAGUUUGAAAUCAUUUAGAAUUCUCACUUUAGUGAAAAACCCUGUGAAUGUAUAACAGAGCUUCACAGCAAUAAUACUCCCGGUAAUGUGUCUGAGUGUAUAACAGAGCUCCACAGUAAUAAUACUCCCAGUAAUGUGUCUGAGUGUAUAACAGGGCUCCACAGCAAUAAUACUCCCAGUAAUGUGUCUGAGUGUAUAACAGAGCUCCACAGCAAUAAUACUCCCAGCAAUGUGUCUGAGUGUAUAACAGAGCUCCACAGUAAUAAUACUCCCAGUAAUGUGUCUGAGUGUAUAACAGAGCCCCACAGCAAUAAUACUCCCAGUAAUGUGUCUGAGUGUAUAACAGGGCUCCACAGCAAUAAUACUCCCAGUAAUGUGUCUGAGUGUAUAACAGAGCUCCACAGCAACAAUACUCCCAGUAAUGUGUCUGAGUGUAUAACAGAGCUCCACAGCAAUAAUACUCCCAGUAAUGUGUCUGAGUGUAUAACAGAGCUCCACAGCAAUAAUACUCCCAGUAAUGUGCCUGAGUGUAUAACAGAGCUCGACAGCAAUAAUACUCCCAGUAAUGUGUCUGGGUGCAUAACAGAGCUCCACAGUAAUAACUGAGUGUAUAACAGAGCCCCACAGCAAUAAUACUCCUAGUAAUGUGUCUGAGUGUAUAACAGAGCCCCACAGCAAUAAUACUCCCAGUAAUGUGUCUGAGUGUAUAACAGAGCUCCACAGCAAUAAUACUCCCAGUAUUGUGUCUGAGUGUAUAACAGAGCUCCACAGUAGUGAUGUCCCGAACGGUUCGCCAAACGGUUCGCCGCGGACGGCGAACAUAUGACCCUGUACCUCACAGUCAGCAGACACAUUCCAGCCAAUCAGCAGCAGACCCUCCCUCCCAUACCCUCCCACCUCCUGGACAGCUCACUAAGAAUGCAGCUUCAAAAUGGAUGCUGUCCAGGAGGUGGGAGGGUCUAGGAGGGAGGGUCUGCUGCUGUUUGGCUGGAAUGUGUCUGCUGACUGUGAGGUACAGGGUCAUAUGUUCGCCGUCUGUGGCGAACCGUUCGGCGAACCGUGCGGGACAUCACUACUCCACAGCAAUAAUACUUCCUGUAAUGUGUCUGAGUGUAUAACAGAGAUCCACAGCAAUAAUACUUCCUGUAAUGUGUCUGAGUGUAUAACAGAGCUUCACAGCAAUGAUUCUCCCAGUAAUGUGUCUGAGUGUAUAACAGAGCUCCACAGCAACAAUACUCCCAGUAAUGUGUCUGAGUGUAUAACAGAGCUUCACAGCAAUAAUACUCCCAGUAAUGUGUCUGAGUGUAUAACAGAGCUUCACAGCAAUAAUACUCCCAGUAAUGUGACUGAGUGUAUAACAGAGCUCCACAGCAAUAAUACUCCCAGUAAUGUGUCUGAGUGUAUAACAGAGCUCCACAGCAAUAAUACUCCCAGUAAUGUGUCUGAGUGUAUAACAGAGCUUCACAGCAAUAAUACUCCCAGUAAUGUGUCUGAGUGUAUAACAGAGCUCCACAGCAAUAAUACUCCCAGUAAUGUGUCUGAGUGUAUAACAGAGCUCCACAACAAUAAUACUCCCAGUAAUGUGUCUGAGUGUAUAACAGAGCUCCACACAAUAAUACUCCCAGUAAUGUGACUGAGUGUAUAACAGAGCUCCACAGCAAUAAUACUCCCAGUAAUGUGUCUGAGUGUAUAACAGAGCUCCACAGCAAUAAUACUCCCAGUAAUGUGUCUGAGUGUAUACAGAGCUCCACAGCAAUAAUACUCCCAGUAAUGUGUCUGAGUGUAUAACAGAGCUCCACAGCAAUAAUACUCCCAGUAAUGUGUCUGAGUGUAUAACAGAGCUCCACAGCAAUAAUACUCCCAGUAAUGUGUCUGAGUGUAUAACAGAGCUUCACAGCAAUAAUACUCCCAGUAAUGUGUCUGAGUGUAUAACAGAGCUCCACAGCAAUAAUACUCCCAGUAAUGUGUCUGAGUGUAUAACAGAGCUCCACAACAAUAAUACUCCCAGUAAUGUGUCUGAGUGUAUAACAGAGCUCCACACUAAUAAUACUCCCAGUAAUGUGUCUGAGUGUAUAACAGAGCUCCACAGCAAUAAUACUUCCAGUAAUGUGUCUGAGUGUACAACAGAGCUCCACACUAAUAAUACUCCCAGUAACGUGUCUUUAAACUUCAAUAAAUGUGUUUUGAAAUCAGUCUGUGUCAAUAAGAUGCAUUGUUUUUUGUAUAAAUUGAAGCUUAAAUUAAUCGUUUUAUGAAUUGUAAUUAAGUCACCCACAAUUUCACAGGGCAACUCCUCCCCUGGUCACGCCCCCACUCACACCCCUGAAAUGCAAUACCACCCCCCCCCUUUGUCUAUGUGAAAUGUCAUGAGGUAUGAAAUUGAAAUUUGAUUGUGAGCUCUGUGGGUUAUGUGAUAAAUAUGGAUUAUUCCAAAGUGAUGUUUAUGUUAAUAUUAUCAUGUUGCAUUCUAUGGAAUGCGAUGUAUAUCGUCCAGCAAUGCUGAGCAUCUUCUGGACUAUGAUCUGUGUGUGUUUCCAGACCGCAAUCUCACUUACUGUUUGUAUAGCCAGAUGGACCAAUUUAGAAACCAAUCAUACAAAGAGUUAGAUCACAGAAUACCACACAUACUCCUCCAGCAAUCUUAGUGAAUGGGAACACACCUGUCCCUAAUCAGUCUCGCCCCUUCAUUGAUGAACACUUAUAUGCAAUAGUGGGAAUGUUACACGUAUUACAGAACCAAGUGGUCAUGGUGCCUGGAGUGUGUGUGCACAGCGUUUGAGUAUGAAGAUUUACCAUACAGAGUAUAACCCUACCUCCAGCAACGACAUUAGCAGCCUGGAACUAAAGAAUAGUAUAAUUCAUUUAGACAUGCUUCACACUCAUUCUAUGAUUUCAUUAGACAUUCCUAGUUUUAAAUUGAUAAACAAAGAUAAUACCUCCUUUUGGAAUGGCUCUGGAAUACCUCCUUCUGCAAUGGCUCUGAAAUACCUCCUUCGGGAAUACCUCCUUCUGGAAUGGCUCUGGCUUAACAAUUGUCGUAUAAAAUCCCAGAAUGGUUGGAUCCACUAUACAUGUUGUAACGGAACGCCUGGCACCCUGACAGGGUACCUUCCGCUGACGGAUGCUCCUAGUGCUUCCCAAGGGCUCCAAGCACUACACCAGACACCACAACCACCGCAGACCCCAUGAACUGCCGCAGCUUGGUUGGGGUCUCGCCGUCUUCCUCCUACUCUGGGCCCAAGACCAGGGACCAGCUUCCAGUAGGCAGACCUCUCCUAAAUCCAGAGAGCAGGAACCAGAACAGGAACAAGCUCUUAGAAGAGCUUACUCUGGGGAGUAUAGUGAUUAUAGCAAUCCCCAAAGUGUAGGUAAUUCUCCACAUGAGCCGAAACUUCAUGAAGGUACAAGAUGAUCUGUUUAUUGAGCACAAAGGGCCUUUCUUUUAUACACAUUUCUCCACAAGGUUACCACCCACGUGGACCUUGUGGAAUACAAGACACAAAGUUACACGAGCCAAUAGAAACAAUAAUUAACACCGAAACACUCCCACAUACAGUCAGCAAGCCCUCCUCUCUGCCUGUGAUAUAAUUAAGAUAGCUAGUGGAAUAACAUAAUUAUCCACAGGCAGAAAAAAACAUACGUUUAUACAAACCCCAAAAAGUACCCCAAAAUACAACAUAUCCCCACAAAUGUUAUAGCCCUGAUCUGGGUGAACAACAUAUCCAAAAAUCACCCAGAUCAGAGCAGGGGUUCAAAAGUUCCAUGGAAGUCAUAUUUGACCGAAUGCACGCAUGAUUUCAUGCCCAAAACAGUUCCAGAGAAUUUGGUUCUGUUCAAAUAGACGAAUGGCAACCGUUCGUGCAAGCCGUCAAUUUUAAAGUGCCGUUCGAAUUGUCGAACAGUGUUCGACUCCAGUCGAAUGAGUUGAAGUCUGGAGAAGGUAAAGUUCAGCGGUGUUCAUGCCAUCAAAUGUCCGAUUUCAGUUCCAUGAACUCAACGACCAAACACAGCUGAACGCGUUCGGCUUUAUUAAAAUGACCGCCGUCACGUGUUCGUUUGUCGAUUGGCGGCCACUUUGGCUGUAUCCGAAGUGCCACUUUGAACAUGUAAAACUGCUCCAUUAUAAUUUAAAGGGGCAGACAUAGAGUAUAAAUAUCCAAUAUGCCCAAAUACUGCUUUUAAAAGGCAAUACAUCUCCAAAUCUCAGUGGCGAAGGUACUUUCGUCACACGUGUGCCAUAUAAAUGCCAGUACUAAAUCAAUAUUAUCCAUCAUUUCCAACAAACAUUCAAAGUGUCUGGGUAUAUCUUAGCUAAUCUGGACUGUUCAAGAUACCACCUGUAUGUGGAUGGUUUGUAUAAACCCAGCUUGCCAAAUCAAGGUUGAUAGAGAGCCCCAUUUCCCUUUGUAGCAUGAGUUUAAUUUAGAUCUAUUGGUCGAAGAUUAGUACUAAUAGUGACAGUGAUAUGGCAAGCUUGUCCAUUAGGUUCUCACAACACAUUCUGUCAAGCUGUGAUGGUAGGGAGUGUAAUAUGGUUUUAUCCCUCUACUCUAUAUGUGCUAUAAAAGCAAUGCAUCAUAAGCAGAAAAUGAUAUCUAAGGGACUCUCACAAACUAUGUUUACUUUUUAAAUCCUCAAAGGACAUUCAAUCUCCAUUGCCGAACAGAUUCUGAUAUAUAAAGAAUAAUGUGUUGGUGACAAGUCUUGAAGAAAGUGAUUCAUGAUAGAGAUGGGCAUGGCCCCCGAGAUUACCUGUGUAUAAACUUUGUCCCAUGUGUAAGUAGAGAUUUUUGAUCUACAAAAAGCAAAAUAAAGUUCAUGCACUUCAAUGCUUAAGGGCACAUUCAUUAGAACCAGCAGAACUAGAGAGUGUCUGGACCUUCUCUUGCCAUAUCUAUUUUCUGAUGGGCGAGUGCUGGCCCAUGGUCUAGCUAAGCACCCCAUUGGCUUGUGGAUUGAGUGCACUUCCUGUUACUUGCUUGUCAAAAGAGAAUUUUAUUAUGGGCAAUGUUGAGACAAUAGCGGGUCAGAUUGGGAAACUAACUUAGUUCAUCAGUCGCCACGUUGGAAAGAAAGGACUAUCACAAGUCUACAAAGCUGGUUAUCUCAUGACUAGAACAGAACCACCUUGCCUAUGCUGCGUUAACUGCUACAUCAUAGAAAACUUGGUGCUCGAGAACCCCCAAAAUCUUUGUCCAUGAAGUGUGAUCAUUUUAAUCUGGUGCAUUUUUUUUUAUUUUUUUUACCAGAUGUAACUGCUAAUGUCCUUUUGAACCGACUCUGGAAUAAAUAUUGAGAUAGUGCGCACUAAAUUAGUAAAUACAAUAAUUUAGGUAAUACAGACAUCUGCUCCACUGUGAUAUCUCAAAUCUGCUCCACCGUGAUAUCUCUAACCUGCCCCACCGUAAUAUCUCAUAUUUUUGUAUAAAAGAUAAAAUCAUGUCAUCCGAUGACAUAACGAGUCGAUAAUACAUUCCAUACAAAAUUCAUAAAAACAUACACAAAACGUCAACGUUUGUCCAAAUAAAAUAUAGUAAACUAUAACUUAAGAUUCUAAAGUACAUAUAAAAACAUAAAAUGACUUUGAUAUUGCCCAUGUAAAUAUUACUAUAAAUCUUUUUAAUCAAUCUGUGGAAGGAGGGGAGUCGGAGAUGGGAGCCUUACUUAUGGCCAAAUAUUUAGUCAUGAUGGUUAUGCGCAGUCAGAAUUAUUCAGGAGUAUUCUCUGUUGUAGAUACAUGAAAGGUAAACGAAGCCAGCGUCACAAGAAGUCUAUAUUUAUUUACAAUCUCUAUGGAUAUAAUGUUUCCAUAUCUCCCAGCCAUCUUGGGAUACACGGGAAAAUGCAUGUUCAUGGAUUUUAAUAAUGGAAAUAUCCAGGAACAAUAUGGCAUUUUUUUUCAUGCAAAGGGUAAUUUAACCCGUAAGGAGGAGCUCAGAUCUGGACUGCAAUGAAUAGGGAGGACCUGUAUUUUUUCUAUAUUUAACUAGUAAUAGGAAACGGCACUAAAGCGUGACACCCCUGCUUGGUGGUAUUCUUAAAUAUAGGUGAGACAUGAAGCCUGAGGCCCUUGGUGAACUGUACAAACCAAGUAAAGUCUUAAUAAAUUGCAAUAGGCAACCCAUCUGUACUAGGACCUGAUGAAGAUAGCCCUAGUGGAUUUUGUCAAACGCUUUCUCUGCAUCCAAAGAUAGGAGCAGAGAAGGUGUCUAACUUUCACCCAUGUAAUGUGUCACAUCAAUAAAUUGGUGUAUGCGGCCACAAAUCCUACAUGGACCCUAUAAAUGAGAGUUGGCAAGACAGACAGACAUUAACCAUGUUGUUAGUAGCUUGGCAUAUAUUUUAGAGUCCAUGUUUAGCAAUGAGAUUUGGAGAAAGUUUGUGCAUUCAUUUCCUGCUCUGUAAAUUUAACUUUAAUCGUACACAGGAGGCUCCUGCGGGGUCUAGAAGGCUACUAACAGAGCGGGAGAUAAGAAAUUCUUAAUUAAAAAGACUGUGCAAUAAAGGAAGUGUAAACAUUAGAUGAUUCUUUACAGGAAGUGUUUAUAAAGGCUGUGUAAGUCACAUACAAGGGUGUGUGACUAGGGCUGUAUAAACAAAGUGAUAUAGCUCCUAAAUGGCAGAUGAUUGAGCAGUGAGACUGCAGGGGCGUGAGCUAUAUGCCAAAACUGCUUCAUUCAGCUAAAGUUGUUUUGGUGACUAUAGUGUCCCUUUAAAGGGUUACUCCAGGCAUCAUGACCACUUCAGGGAUUUGAAGUGGUCACGGUGCCUGGAGUCUGUGUGUGCAGUAUUUUGCUCUGAAAUGCUGCACAAAUGCUGAUUGGCUUGGUGCUGUCUGUCAAUCUUUGUCUCUCUCUUCAUAAAAACUGUGUAUGAAAAAUGUGUACAUUUCUCAAGUCAUUUUUUAAAUGGGGAAAGUGCCAGCUGAAAGUUCUCAGCCAAUCAGCAACGCACUGGCCAGAAGCAGCCAUAAUCUUCCGUUGUAAGGAUCUUCAGCAAACCGAAAGACGGGGGAAGAGAGAUACAGUGCUGGAACACAGACUUUGGGGUUAAACCUCUAGUGAAUGGUUUAACCCCCAAAAAAGAGUCAGCGCCAGGGACCUCCUGUCACCAUAACAACUUCAUUUUGAUUAUGUUGUUAUGGUUCCUGGAGUGUUCUUUUAAUAAAGAAUAAGCACACUCAUUUCGGACUGUGACACUCAAUAAAGCCACAUUUAUUGGUGGGUUGUAAAACUCAUUACAUAAUAAUCACACUCAUUAAAGCAUGGUCACUUUCCUUGGGGGUUGUGCAAUAAAAGCAAUGCCACGCUCAUUUCUGGACCGUCACAUUCAUUAAACAAUAGUCACACUCAUUUCUGGAUUGUCACGCUCAUUAUACGGUCGACAAACUCACUGGCGUGCUGUCACACUCAUUUCUUUACUGUCAUGUUUGCUAAAGAACCGACAAACUUGCUAUCACAAUCAUUACAAAAACAUUUCUUAAUAAACUGCCAAACUCACAAAAAAAUAUCACUCGCGUCUUUGGAAUUUAAAACCGUUUGUUAGUGAGAUGUUCUGUUUUUCUUUAAACGUUUAGCUAAUGACAUCGUAAACUACUGACAUGGCAUAGACGGAGUGAAUUGCAGGUGAGGAAGAGAAGUACAAAUAUUGGGGGAGACUUAGCAAAAUUCUGCCGACAGUUUUACAUCAAAUUUUCAGGCCAAUCGUUUGACGCAGUAAAUGAAAUUUGUAUUUGUAUUUUUUAUUUUUUUUAUGUCAAAUUUUUUAAUAUGUGCCCAUUUUCAGUGACACAAUGGAUUUAUCAGUAAUUUUGUCACCAAUACAGGCAUAAAAAUCAAACUUUUUAUUCCCCGUCACUCAAGAAAUGGAGACUUCUGUGAAAUAAUUUACUCCAAAGAAAACCAUAAUUUGUAGCUCACAUUUAGAACACCAAUAAAUACAAUCAAAUUAAUGACAAGAUUUAACCAUCACUUUCCAGAAGAAUUUGAUAAAUUCUGACUUUGUAAUGGGCGCUCUCACUAGCAUUAUUCAUUGAAUGGCUUUCUGAUUAAUUAGAAUCAGAGAAUCUGUAUCACUUAACUGGAGAUGAUCUCCAACAUAGGAUGCCAGUCUUCAACCCUGAGUGCCAGUCUCUAUCACUGGAUGCCAGUCUCCAACCCUGAGUGCCAGUCUCUAUCACUGGAUGCUAGUCUCUAUCACUGGAUGCUAGUCUCUAUCACUGGAUGCUAGUUUCUGACACUGGAUGCCAGUCUCCAACCCUGAGUGCCAGUCUCUAUCACUGGAUGCUACUCUCUAUCACUGGAUGCUAGUUUCUGACAUGUGAGGACACUCUGUAACACUAACACUAUUCUCCAGUCUCUAUCAGUGGAUGCCAGUCUCUAUCACUGGAUGCCAGUCUCUAAAACUGGAGGCUAGUUUAUGACACCGGAGGUCACUCCCUAACUCUGGUGGACAGUCUUCAUCACUGAAGGCUACUCUAUGCUGGAUGCUAGUUUCUGACACUGGAGGCCAGUCUCCAACCCUGAGUGCCAGUCUCCAACCCUGAGUGCCAGUCUCUAUCACUGGAUGCUAGUCUCUAUCACUGGAUGCUAGUUUCUGACACUUGAGGACACUCUGUAACACUAUUUUCCAGUCUCUAUCACUGGAUGCCAGUCUCUAAAACUGGUGGCUAGUUUAUGACACCGGAGGUCACUCCCUAACUCUGGUGGACAGUCUUCAUCACUGAAGGCUACUCUAUGGUGGAUGCUAGUUUCUGACACUGUUGGCUACUCUCUAUCGCUGGAUGCUAGUUUCUGACACUGUUGGCUACUCUCUAUCGCUGGAUGCUAGUUUCUGACACUGGAGGCCAGUCUCUAUCACUGGAUGAUAGUUUCUGACAGUGUUGGCUACUCUCUAUCACUUGAUGAUAUUUUCUGACACUAUUGGCUACUCUCUAUCACUGGAUGCUAGAUUCUGACACUGUUGUCUAGUCUCUAUCACUGGAUGCUAGAUUCUGGCACUGGAGGCCAGUCUCUAUCACUGGAGGCCAGUCUAUAUCACUGGAGGCCAGUAGAAGAGGUAUGUUGUCGUCCUGUCACGCGGUGUCUCAACGAAUAAUGGAGAAGAUGAUAUUAUAGUUCAGGUAGAGAGAUAAGAGGUAGAAUUGAAUGAUUUGUCCAUGUAGUGACCGCUAUUAGCCUGUCCGAUCCCAUGGCCUCUCUGUUUUACUCGACAUAACAGCAGUAGUGGGGGCUGUGGGGGUUCCACAGUUCUGCUCUGGUUGAUAUUCUAGAUUACAGGCAUAGGCAACCUUCAGCACUCCAGAUGUUUUGGACUACACCUCCCAUGAUGCUUUGUCAGCAUUAUGGGUGUAAGAGCAUUAUGUGGGAUGUAGUCCACAACAUCUGGAGUGCCGAAGGUUGCCUAUCCCUGUAUCUAGAAUCUGAUUUGUUUUCACUCUGGGUUAGGGCCCCCAGAUCUGGUCUGGUGUUUUACAAAUAAAGCAAUUGCUGGGUUUUGGGGUGACCGCAGGUGCAGGUCAUCAAAAAACAAUUUUCAUACGUGUCAACAAGAUAAUGUCCUAAAGGCGUGUCCUUGCGGGUUACACAAAUUGUGAGGGAGGUAAUUGUUUCCCAUGUAUGUACGUAGCGGGGAAUGUGGUGCGACUAAGAGUAAGGAGACUACCCCAAUUCUCCCCCAAUAAUGACAAACAACAAAUAUUGGAUGAAACAGGCCACAGCAUUUAUUAAACUUACAACUGUAGGACUCAUCCAAACUUUAUUCUUUUUUUCUUUAAUUCAAAUAUAAAUAAACACAUAAAUAUAUAUAUACAUACCAUAAUUAACAUAUAAAUUACACUUAUUGCCCUACAGCCUCCAACUUUAAUAACCGUCCUUGCCAACGAACUUAACCAGAUGCCUAAGCACCAAAACUUUACCCACUGGUGUCUCACCUCCCCCCUCGUCCAAACAAAAAAUUCCCAUCAUCUUAAAUGCUCUACCACCAGCCGGCUUUUUGCUCGGUGGGCACAUCCUAUUCGGUAACUUAAAAGUUUACCUUUCAGAGCAGGGGAGGUUGAGACCCACCAUGUCCAUCUCCUGACAUUCCAUCUGCUCCCCAACCCUGUUGGCAAGGACACGCUCCCCACCACAAACCCCGCUGUUUUAAACCUAAAAUCAGCUGGGAGCCCCACCAAAACCAGCCAGGCCUGUUCCACCACUUCCUGCAUGGCAAGAUGAAAAAAAAGGUCUAGCUCAAUCUUCAUAACCCAGAAACACAGUAGCUGCCACAUGCGCGAAAACACCCUGUGGCAAACCAAAAUCCCAUUACCCUCAAACACCUCGAAAGGCGCUCCAAUUUUGCUUCAUACGGCAGCGUACCAUGCACUGAUUAUGGGCCCGCUGCCAAAGAUAUGGGAAAUGAUCUCCGACCAAUCAAGGUUAUUUAUUGAUUUUUUAUUUUAUUUUAUUUUAAAUUUUUUAGAACUGCUUUGUUAUAACAUACGACAAGUCCUGUAUAACACAUCUAGAACUUAUUAUAAUAAUCUCUAUAAUUAUAACCUCUCUUCUUUUCUGAAAGCAAAACGUUAAACAUAAAUAACCAUAACUUAACAUAUAUAACUUAACACACAGGGUCAUACAGUGAACCCAACACCACGCAUCACAAAACUACUAAAACAUGCACCAAGACCCUCGUAGGGGCAGACGCCAAACACCACCUUGGUAUCGUCCCAAGGUCAAUGCCCGCCAGGUGAAUAACCCAAACAUUAGGUACAGGUGGGACAGCUGAACCUGCUCCGGGAGAAGCCGAACACAUUUCAUACCUCCGGCACCAAACCAACGAACCUCCGCUUCAGAAGGCGCACAACCCAAUAGCUCACCUCCCGGACAGACUCCCGCAUGCCACCUGGGAGUAUAACCAGGAAAAAGACAUCCAGAUAUUUUCUGUUUUCCAAGUGCACCCUGGGAAUUGUUACUUGUACCCAAGGAACUGGUACUAAUUUAUCUAGCUCAAAGGAAUGAAUGGAUGAGCCACCCUGCUGAGAAUUGAAUCUGCAACCCCCCAAGGAUUGAACAAAUUCCACGAAACCAGCAUUACUUCACCGAGACAUCUCACCAUACCUCCUCCCAGUUCUUUGCGCCACGGGCGCUGACAUACCCAUCCUAAAAUCCUCCAAGUCAGCGCUAAACAGAAAGGAAUCAGACUUGAGACAAAGACCCAAAGAAUUGGGAAUAGGAAAGAAAAGGUUCCAUCCGCAUAACCCAAAAGAGGGGCCGUGCAUACUGGGUGCAGCACACAGUGCUCCACAAAGGAGAAGUGCAACAGCCGAACCGCCAUACCUUUCCAGAAAAAACAUCUGCCCUGGAUUGUCAAAUACUUAUAGUGAUAUGAUCCACAGGGCGCCGAAUGGCAACAAACAAUACCCCACCACCGCAUGGCCUACUAGGAAUAACCAAUACCCCAACAUGCAUAGCGUCCAGGUGGCCUUGGAAACUGAUCCACGGACCCAUUCUGUCACUCUGCCAGACUGAGCGACCAGAUGUCCGCCGGGCAAGGCGUCCCCUCCAGAUCCGCCUGCGGGGUGAUUGCCCCUUAAACAAGCGAUCCACCGGAGGGAAGGAGACUGUCAGCCGAGUAAUGGCCUGAACAACCCCCAAAUUGUCCUGAAAACAUGACCUCCAGACCUCCCCCACCACCAAAAUGGGGAAAAGCUCCAAAAAAGGUCAGAUUCUUUGUGAGCCCAGAGACAUGCCAACUGUCCGGCCACAAGAGCCCAAAAUGGCCCCAAACCCCACCGCGCCAGCCGCGUCCGUAAAUAGGUGGAGGUCGGCGUUAGAAACCUCCGGCCCUUGCCAACAGGACCGGCCGUGAUAUGCAGCCAAGAAGGAGUCCCAAACCGGCAAAACCUCCCGCAGCGGCAGAGAGAGCUGAAUGAAAUGGCGAGGCCUGGAGACCCCGGCCGUCGCCGUAGCCAGACACGGGUUAAAGACCUGCCCCACGGGCAUGAUCCGACAGGCAAAAAUUCAGCUCAGCCAGGAGCGACUGCAGGCAGCGCAGCUGAAUCUUGCGCCGCCCCAUGGCCAAGGCCCCCUUGCGCCGCCAGCCUUGAAUCUUAUUCAAAGGCAACCGGCAUUUCUCCUUGUCUUUUCCGGAUUCCUACCCAUCCUUUGCCAUUAAAGGAGGAGCCUCCUCCAUGGGAAGGAGAGAAAAAUAUCAACAAAGUCUCCCCUCCAAAUUUUUUCACGAACUUCCUGUUGUAGGUGCAAGCCCAAGGGCCCUGACCAACACAUAGGCGGACCCACGCGAAACGUCAGCAACACCCGGGGGGUCACCAAAUGCUAUGGACCCCCCAGCAACAGCAGGUGCCUCUGGCUACAGGCCAAUAUUUAACAUCAGUCUGUAAACAAGGGCCUCAUCACCGCACACUUUCUUUCAUGUAUGUUGUUUUAUUAUACCCAGGGCAUAAUUGAAAACGAAAGAAAUAUUAAUGUAUCCUUCCUGAAAAAAUAUUUUAUAAAUAAAAAUGAUGUUUUAAUUUUUCCUUCAAAAUAAAAAGUUACACAUUGAUACAAAAACAUUAACAAGAGAAACUUGAAAAAGCUGAUAUUUAAGGAAUUGGUGCAGCAUAAAUGCUUUAUUUUGUUUUAUUCAUCAGAACUGGUAAAUUCGACUGGCACCACAGAUCUGAGUCACCCAUUCCUUGAGGGCUUCAAACAUUAGGGGAUCUCCAGUCAGAUUCCUGCUGCUUAUUUGACCUUAUUAGGGUACAAAUCUCACUCCCUAAAGGGGUCACAUUUACUAAACAGUGUGAUGCAGUGGGAGACGGCCCCAGAAUGGUUUAAUGUGUAGAUCAGAGCAUAGUAAGAGCCCAGACCGGGCCCUCCAGUCAGACACACAGAACAAAAGACAUUCCUUCCAGCUGUGAGAGAACUGUUUGUUGGGCGUGUUUUUAGCACAAUGAAAAAUAAAGGUCUGUGAGAAAAGCAGAGAGUAAAUAGGUUACAGAGACUGGCAGCCGCAGGGUUAAUGGUUUAAAGAGACAGUCACGUACAAAACCAAGUGACCCAAUGGGUUAAUCGUGUGUCAUGUAGUAAAAAUAAAUACGGGAAACGAGAGAGGAAGCAAUAAAAGAGGAUGAAAGAAAAUAAUUUUCUUAACAUACGCUGAUAAUGAACACGCCGCUCUGUAUAAUAAUACUGUGUAUCUAUACACUGAUAAUGAACAUACUGCUCUGUAUAAUAAUACUGAGUAUCUAUACACUGAUAGUGAACACACCGCUCUGUAUAAUGAUACUGAGUAUCUAUACACUGAUACUGAACACACCGCUCUGUAUAAUAAUACUGAGUAUCUAUACACUGAUAAUGAACACACCGCUCUGUAUAAUAAUACUGAGUAUCUAUACACUGAUAAUGAACACACUGCUCUGUAUAAUGAUACUGAGUAUCUAUACACUGAUAAUGAACACACCGCUCUGUAUAAUGAUACUGAGUAUCUAUACACUGAUAAUAAACACACCGCUCUGUAUAAUAAUACUGAGUAUCUAUACACUGAUAAUGAACACACGCUCUGUAUAAUGAUACUGAGUAUCUAUACACUGAUAAUGAACACACCGCUCUGUAUAAUAAUACUGAGUAUCUAUACACUGAGAAUGAACAUACUGCUCUGUAUAAUAAUACUGAGUAUCUAUACACUGAUAAUGAACACGCCGCUCUGUAUAAUAAUACUGAGUAUCUAUACACUGAUACUGAACACACCGCUCUGUAUAAUGAUACUGAGUAUCUAUACACUGAUAAUGAACACACCGCUCUGUAUAAUAAUACGGAGUAUCUAUACACUGAUAAUGAACACACUGUUCUGUAUAAUGAUACUGAGUAUCUAUACAUUGAUAAUGAACACGCCGCUCUGUAUAAUAAUACUGAGUAUCUAUACACUGAUAAUGAACACACUGCUCUGUAUAAUGAUACUGAGUAUCUAUACACUGAUAAUGAACACACCGCUCUGUAUAAUAAUACUGAGUAUCUAUACACUGAGAAUGAACAUACUGCUCUGUAUAAUGAUACUGAGUGUCUAUACACUGAUAAUGAACACGCCGCUCUGUAUAAUAAUACUGAGUAUCUAUACACUGAUACUGAACACACCGCUCUGUAUAAUGAUACUGAGUAUCUAUACACUGAUAAUGAACACGCCGCUCUGUAUAAUAAUACUGAGUAUCUAUACACUGAUAUAAACAUGUAACUCUGUAUCUAAAUGGUGAUAAUGACCUUAUAAUAAGUACUUGGUGUGAAAAGUACCCUGUUCCCGGCACACUGUGUUUGGAAGACUUUGUAUGGCAAACAGUAGACGAUGUGGCUCUGAUAUUUGGGGGGGUGAGUCAGUGGUGAGAACUCUUCGCAAGGAAAGAGACUCAUCUAACAAGUGAAUAAACAGGCCGAUUCAUCGCCUCCAAAGAGGCCUGUGAGCCAAGUACAGGGAUUAAUCGGUCAAAGGCCGCUGCUCAGUGCAACAGUCAUUUCAGGACAUUGACAUUUAGAACAGAGUCAGAGGGACAGCUCUCUCUGUCUUUCUGUGUGCGAUAUGACCGCUAGUAAUUCACAAUAAUCCACACCAAUAGUAUCCGCUAAAUACUUUGUAUUAGUGACAAUGUUGUUUUACAGCAAAUUAAAACACUUUUGAUUAAUGUAUUUUGGGGGUGAUUCACACUGUGAUGGCCGCUCUUAGCCUCCGAUAAGCAAUAUUGUCUUGUGUAUAGUUAAGAUGGUCUUAUAUGUGAUACACUAUAGUUCCAAAAGAUUCUUUAUAAUACAGGAGGAAUCGUGGUAGAAUCGAGACUUGAAACAGCCGUGGAAAAUAGAAUCAUUGGAAGUACACUCACAAUGAAAGAGCUAUCUGUUAGCUCUCAUGCACCAGUUUAUAAUACAGCCAAAUAUCCAUUCAAUCUAAAAUCUUUUAAGAGAUCUAAGGCAAUAUUCCUCAGCACAGAAUGCACCUGUCAUGGUUGAAUAUAUUUAUUACCUGUAAUGUAUUACAUUUAUAUAUGUGUGUACAUAUAUAUAUACAUAUAGUUUGUAUAUUAUAUUUUUGUAAUAAGGUACCCUAUUGUAACAAUGCAAUGUUUUGUGGUCAAAGACCCAGGACAUACUUGAAAAUGAGAGAAAUCUCAAUGUAUCCUUCCUGGUAAAAUAUUUUAUAAAUAAAUAAAUAAAUAUAAUCCUUGCCCGGGAUAUAGAGCAAGUGGACAGUCAGAUCCUUUUCUGGAAUAGAGGUACAAUCAGUGUCAAUUGUAAUAUGGACGUCUCACAUGUAAUAUAUGGAAAAAUAUAAAAGCGCCAAUAGUGUAAUCCGUGCUGGGUACAGCGCGCCAUCAGACAAUUCACAGAACUCAUUUCUACAUAAUAGAAAGCUGGCAUUCACUCUGCAAAUCAAAGGCAAUAGGAUUUAUUAAAUAAACACUGCAUUGUAUGAAAUGGGAAACCAAACUGUAAAAUUCAUCCAAGGAGAACGUUUCAAACUGCCUAAAUGACACAAUGUAUUGCUGGUUGCUGCCAUCAUAAUCUCUUGGCGAUCGUGCGUUUGUUUUCAGUGGCUGUCUCUGAUGGCUUGUAAAUUGCGGUCGUUUUUGUGGAAAGACGAUAGUAAGGAAUAUGAGCUCAGUUUCUUCCGCGAUUCAGGAACUGAGUUACACUAGAUGGUACAGGACCGAAUUUCUGGGACCUAUUGUUAUUGAAGGAGGAGAUAUCGCAUUGGCUGUGGCGGGGCUUCCCAAUAAUGGCUGUUAGAUUAUCCACAUAAUUGGCGAGAUUGUGGGCCCGGCACGCCGUUUUCUUCCAUUGCAGAUUGUUAAAUAUAAGAAUAUGUUAAAUGAACGUCUAUAGAGGCAGCAAAAUACAGGCUGAUCCCCUCUGCAAUUAGUCAGUCGCCCCUGCAAUCAGAGGAGUUGUGCUACGGAGUCUCUCAUGGCCCCAGAUUUGGCCUCCUAGUCAGAUUACCCCUUUCGAGGAAAAAUCCCUCAUGAAGAGUUUGACUGCACCUGGGUUUCUUAACGCCUUUGUUAUAAUUAUUAUUAUUAUUAUUAAUAUAACCUACUCCCAGUGCUACACGUCUGGUACCAGUGCCUGGCUUUAUCCUCCCACUGGACAUCUGUCAAAGACCUUAUUGAUCGUACUACUGGACUACCGUUCCUUCAAUUACCAGAAAGCACACGAUUACUCCUCAAGCCCCUAAUUACCAAAGGGUCGAGAGUUAUUAUAUAUUCGUCUAGCUUUGCUCACUCUGAUAGCAAGAAUGUGCUAUCUACACAUUACUCUACAGAGACAUCAUCAAAACUAAAUAUUGCAAACUAGCUUAUUAGAACAAUCAGCAAGAGAAUACACAACAACGUGCACAUUUCUAGAGCUGGCAUGGGAUAGAGGGGCACAGCCACACACCCAUGAGUAGGGUACUUCGUCCCUAAUAUACCAACAGGGGAGAACACUCACUACAAUAAAGGCGAUGCACUUACCCCUAUUUUCCCUCCUCUACUCUACUUGAAUGAAAUACAAUGAUAUGGUUUGGAAAUCGGGUGGCUGCUCGUGUAGCUUUUCUGAUAUAUUGGGACCAGUGGCGAAUCGAGGGGGGAGCAACAGGGCAAUUAUCUAUCUGUUACUUCCUCCCAGCUUAGUGACCGUGUGGGCUGGGAAGAAACUCUGAGAGAGGAGGAGUGAGGAGAAAGAGCUCUGCAGGUAGACUCCCAACCCAUCAGCCUAAGCCAGCCCCAGGAAUUCACCUCCCUGCAGCAAAAGGUAUGGCAGCAGGGGGUUGAUAAUAAUAUAUCAACUGCAGUUUGUAUGUCAGUGUGUAUGUUUAGGUAUAUGUUUAUGUGUGUGUGUGUGUGUGUGUGUGUCAGUGUGUGUAUGUGUAUGUCAAUGUGUAUGUUUAUGUGUGUGUAUCUGUGUGCCAGUAUGUGUAUGUGUGUAUCUGUGUAGGUAUGUGUGUGUGCCUGAUUGGGACUAUAACAUUUUGCUGAGCCACCUGGUUGAGACUCUGAGAAAGGGAAAUUGUUUAAAGCGUUGUGACCUUGCUCUCAUUAUGAUUGUAUAAAAUGAAGGGCUAUUGAUCACUAAUUACUGUAGCGUUAUUAAUAAGCUGAUGUUGUAGCUGCAAAAAUGACACUUUUCAUUAUCUUUUAUUAUGUGAUACAGAAUGGGACACUCACAGCUCCACCCUGCCUCCCUCCCCACCUACACACCCUUCACCCACUUCUCCUCUCUUUUUUUUUUAAUUCUACCCCACUUAUUGACGCAACUCAUUGUUAUCAAACUUAGACGCCUUACAUUGUCUCCCAAGCAAUGUUUAACUUCUGAUUUGUUUUCAGCAUUAUGUUAUACUUUGUGCAAUGUAACUGUGUGUAAUUUUAAUGAACUUGAAUAACAUUUAGAAUUGAAAAAAUAUAUAUAUAUAACCAACUCCCUCCCUCUUGCAUUCUCCCCUAUACGAGUUUCUCUAUUUUGUUCCUACACUACGUUUGCUGCCACAAGAUUCUCAGUGAACUUUUAACUGUAAUAUAUAAACCUUUAGUUACCUUUUUACUGCUUGUUGUGUCUACCCCAUGUGAUGCCGGGACAGUUCUCUGUAUGCUGUAAAAUACUAUUUCUUGAUUUUCCACAUUACAAUGUUACAACAUACCAAUUCAUAUUUAGCUCGAGAUGUUACUCUUCCUUCAGAAAACAUUCAGUGUCAAUAAAAAUAUAUCAAGUGAGUAAUAAUGUCACUGUCCUUCUAGAUUUAUUCUUCUCGGAAAAUCCAAGAAAUAUCACCUCGUCCCUGGGGAAGGACGUGGUGCUCCGCUGUGUGGUUGGUGGCGUGGGGGACAUGCCCGAUGUGGAGUGGCUGCAGGAUGGCAUGACGUUGUACUACGCUGAUAUAAACCAGAUCCAGUUGCCCCUGGAAGAUGAUGCCUGGAUGGCUAUCAGUGAGUUGAGGUAUGACUGGCGUCCCCCAGAGAGGACAAAACUUUCAGUUAAAGCAGAACCUCCCAUGGUGCCCACACCUCCCAUGAUGCUCUGCUAACUUUAACAGGCGGGAAGGAAAUUCAGCUUAGUUUGGGCCAUUCAUGAACAGGACUAUCAGUGAAGCUCUCUCUGCUAUUCCUGUACUGACCACACACACAGCUCUGUCACUACACCUCCAUCCUGCCCUGCAGCUCUCUGCUAUUCCUAUACUGACCCCACACACAGCUCUGUCACUACACCUCCAUCCUGCCCUGCAGCUCUCUCUGCUAUUCCUGUAUUGACCCCACAUACCGCUCUCUCACUACACCUCCAUCCUGUCCUGCAGCUUUCUCUGCUAUUUCUGUACUGACCCCACACACAGCUCUGUCAUUGCAACUCCAUCCUGUCCUGCAGCUCUCUCUGCUAUUCCUGUACUGACCCCACACACAGCUCUGUCACUACACCUCCAUCCUGCCCUGCAGCUCUCUCUGCUAUUCCUGUACUGACCCCACACACAGCUCUGUCACUACACUUCCAUCCUGCCCUGCAUCUCUCUCUGCUGUUCCUGUACUGACUACACACAUACAGCCCUGUCACUGCACCUCCAUCCUGUCCUGCAGCUCUCUUUGCUAUUCCUGUACUGACGCCACACACAGCUCUGUCACUACACCUCCAUCCUGCCCUGCAGCUCUCUCUGCUAUUCCUGUACUGACCCCACACUCAGCUCUGUCACUGCACCUCCAUCCUGCCAUGCAGCUCUCUCUGCUAUUCCUGUACUGACCCCACACACAGCUCUGUCACUGUGCCUCCAUCCUGCCCUGCAGCUCUCUCUACUAUUCCUGUACUGACCCCACACACAGCUCUGUCACUGCGCCUCCAUCCUGCCCUGCAUCUCUCUCUGCUAUUCCUGUACUGAAUCUCAGCACUAAGUGAUCAUUGUGUCUCUGCUGUUUGGAACCCCCAGGAUCCCAAGCCUUGAACUGUCAGACUCUGGUGUGUAUCAGUGUACGGUCAAUAUGGAAGGAACUGCUAUUUGGUCCGAUGAGGCUUUUCUGGAGCUGGAAGGUAAGUGUGGAGAGUGUGAGUCUGUGUAAAUAGAGUGUAUGUGUGCGUGCGUGUGUGUGUGUACAAUGUGUAGGAAAGUGUGUAUGAUAUGUGUGUGAGAGUGUGAGCCUAUGUGUAUGUAUAAUUUUGGUUGAUGUGUAUGUUCUGUGUUUGUGUGUGAAUGCAUGAAGGUGUGAGUCAGUUUAUGUGAAUGUUUCUGUGUGUGUGAAUGCAUGAAGGUGGGAGUAUGUUUAUGUGAAUGUUUCUUUAAUUUUUUUAGAUAUAUCUUUUAUUUUAACCCCUUAAGGACGGUGGGCAUUCUAUGCCAUCGUUUUUGGGGCAGUUCUAAACGCCGGCAGACGGUAUAGAACGUCCCUACCGUCCUUCAUACUUACCGGGUCCCUGCCGAUCCCAUGCCGGCGGUCGCAUUCCUGGCUCAGGCAGACUCCCUCUGCCCGAUCUUGCCCUCCCCAGCCAUGGGAUCGCGGGGUCCUCGCGAUCACAUGGCCAGAAUAGCCAGCGUAUGCAGAGCCUGCAGGGGGCCUGCCUGAGCUCUCAGGCAGUCCCCCUAAUCAGGGCCGGAUUAACAUAGGGGCUGAUGGAGCUGCAGCUCCAGGCCCAGGCCCAGGCCCAGGCCCAUGGAAUAGGCCCAUUGAUUUAAAAAAAAAGGUGUCUCGAUGUCCCCAUGUCUCCAAGCUAGUGUCCCUAGUGUCUGUGGCCCUGGUGUCUCAGUGUCCUCAUGUCUCCCAGUGCCCCCAUGUCUCAAUGUCCCCAUGUCCUCCAGCCAGUGUCUCUAGUGUCUGUGAACCCUGGUGUCUGUGUCCCCGAGUCUUCAAGUGUCCCCUAUUUUCCCAGUGUCCCAGCCAGUCUCCCAGUGUCACUGAUGUCUCCGUGUCCCUAGGUCUCCCCUAUUUCCCAGGUCUCCCCGUCUUCCUAGUGUCCUAGUGACAUGGGGACCCUGGGAUACAUGGGGACAUAGAGACAUGGGAAUACUGGAGGACACAGGGAGACAUGGGGCAUUGAGACACUGUGAUACAUAGGGACACUGUGAUACAUAUGGUCACUGGGAGACUUGGGGACCCUGGGAGACAUGGGGCACUGAGACACUGAUACAUAGGAACACUGAGACCUGGAGUAAUCGACACAUCGGGGCACUGAGUCAUGAGGGCACUGGGAGGAAUCCAUCUAUACAGCAGAAUCAAACUAAGUAGUUUUUUGGUGAUUUUACAGCAUUUUCUCUUAUGUCACUCCUUGUGAUUUACAUCAUGCGAGGUCACCCAUACAUAUUUAAUUAUGCAAAUUAGUAAGGCCGGUAUGUUUUUCCAAGAAAGGUGGCAACCCUAACUACUUUUCACAUACUCUUACUUAAGUAUGGAAACUUAAGAGGGAUGUAUGGUAACAAAACUUGUGUGGACUGGCUGACAAUGAAUAUAGUUAAAGGGACACUAGAGUCACCAGAACAACUACAGCUUAUUGAAUUUGUUCUGGUUUGUAGAAUCAUUACCUUCAGGGUUUUUGCUGUAAACACUGUCUUUUCAGAGAAAAUGCAGUGUUUACAUUACAGCCUAGUGAUAACUACUCAGAUGGCUGUUAGAGAUCCUUCCUGGGUCAUGGCUGCCUAAAAUGCAUCCAAACAUUCAGUGUCUCCUCCCUCUGCAUGCAGACACUGAACUUUCCUCAUAGAGAUUCAUUAAUUCAAUUCAUCUCUAUGAGGAGAUGCUGAUUGGCCAGGGCUGUGUUUGAAUCAUGCUGGCUCUGCCUCUCUGUCAGUCUCAGCCAAUCCUAUGGGGAAGCACUGCGAUUGGAUCAGGCCACCACUUCUAAUGAUGUCAGCAGACUGCUUGUUUUUCUGAGUCUAACAGCAUACAAAGUUACAGCUUCAGGCUUGAAUACAAUAAGAUUUUGCUAUAUUUAUGGAGGCAUGAGGGGCCAUUGGGGGGUAGAUGGUGGUGUUAACACUAUAGGGUCAGGAAUUCAUAUUUGUGUUGCUGACCCUAUAGUGAUCCUUUAAGGUAAUGAUGACUUUGGUCUCUCUAACACUGUGGCAUGUUCCAUUUCUUCUACACUCACUACAUACAGCUUUUCUCUGUCCCAGACUAUAUACCAGGAGCUUCUGCCUCCUAGUAAGAAAGUAAGGAGACAAGUGGACCAGCGAGUGCUAGGGGACAGUCCUUAGAAAGCGUUGAGCGAGCGCAUCAUUAGAUGCAUUUAUGCCAAGAUCAGGGUACUGUCUGCAUAGUAUGCCCUUAGUUGGCCAGCUGCAUGAUUGGCAGGCAUCCUGACAUGCAUUCAUGCCAGGCUGGCCUUCUAAUUCUUUGGGCAGACAUGUCCUCUUUUUGGGCAUGUUCACCCCUUUUGGCAGGUUACGUGAUUUGUGUCAGUGGCACACCCUUUUAAGAAUAUGUGAGUCUGUUUAUGUGUAUGUUUCUUUGUGUGUGAAUGCUUGAAUGUGUGAGUCUGUUUAUGUGUAUGUUUCUUUGUGUGUGAAUGCUUGAAUGUGUGAGUCUGUUUAUGUGUAUGUUUCUGUGUGUGUGAAUGCAUGAAUGUGUGAGUCUGUUUAUGUGUAUGUUUCUGUGUGUGUGUGAAUGCAUGAUGGUGUGAGUCUGUUUGUGCAUGUUUCUGUGUGUGAGUCGGUCAGUGUGACUGAGUGUAAUGUUUGUAUGAAGGAUCCAGUAAAUGUGUUUCUUUGUGUCUAAGUUUUGAUGUGUACAAUCAAAACACAUGACCCUGUCUACCCUUGCCAGGCCUGCCAUUUUUCACGGAGGAGCCUCAGGAUCUGCACACAUACUCUGACGUAACCUUUAACCUUAGCUGUGAUGCCAGUGGCCCCCCAGAUCCCGUACAAGUAAUAUGGCUGCAAGAUGGGGUCCCACUGAAUUCUCUGCAUGACGAACUUGCAUUAACCCCUUCUGUUCUUGAAGUCAGAAGUAAGUUAUGGUGUUUGGUCGUGUGGCCACAUGUGAAUGACCAACUAUUUGGAUCGGGUCUUGCAGAUGUUUUGUGUCGUAAAGAAAUAGUAAUCUGCCUCAGUGUGUGUCAUGUCUGUGAAGAAAGAGCAGCAAGACGUCCUGCCCGUAUUAUUUUCUGUCUUUCUAAAUGGAUUCAAUGUAAUUCUUAUUAGUUGUUGGAUGAUUUGUUUGGAGAAAUUCAGAUUUUCCACUAACAUCUGGCAAAAAAGAUCCCGGAGUUACUGGGAAUCUGCAGCGCUGGCAGAGGGGCGGGGGACAGACACCAAAUUUAAACCAGAUCUUUCUGCACAAACUCUAUGGAUACUGCAAGAACAUUAACUGGAUAUCUAGAGCUUCAGUCCCAAUAAACUUUAAUAAUAGCGGUCAGUCUCUCCCAGGGUCACAGCGUACUAAUGACAGUGACAUGUUUAAUGGUCGGUCCCUUUCAGGGUCACAGCGUACUAAUGACAGUGACAUGUUUAAUGGUCGGUCCCUCCCAGGGUCACAGUGUACUAAUGACAGUGACAUGUUUAAGGGUCGGUCCCUCCCAGGGUCACAGUGUACUAAUGACAGUGACAUGUUUAAUGGUCAGUCCCUCCCAGGGUCACAGUGUACUAAUGACAGUGACAUGUUUAAGGGUCACAGGUACUAAUGACAGUGACAUGUUUAAUGGUUCCCUCCCAGGGUCACAGUGUACUAAUGACAGUGACAUGUUUAAUGGUCGUCCCUCCCAGGGUCACAGUGUACUAAUGACAGUGACAUGUUUAAUGGUCAGUCCCUCCCAGGGUCACAGUGUACUAAUGACAGUGACAUGUUUAAUGGUCGUCCCUCCCAGGGUCACAGUGUACUAAUGACAGUGACAUGUUUAAUGGUCAGUCCCUCCCAGGGUCACAGUGUACUAAUGACAGUGACAUGUUUAAUGGUCAGUCCCUCCCAGGGUCACAGUGUACUAAUGACAGUGACAUGUUUAAUGGUCAGUCCCUCCCAGGGUCACAGUGUACUAAUGACAGUGACAUCAGUCCUUUUAAGUGGUCAUGUUUAAGGGUCGGUCCCUCCCAGGGUCACAGUGUACUAAUGACAGUGACAUGUUUAAUGGUCAGUCCCUCCCAGGGUCACAGUAUACUAAUGACAGUGACAUGUUUAAUGGUCAGUCCCUCCCAGGGUCACAGUGUACUAAUGACAGUGGCAUGUUUAAUGGUCAGUCCCUCCCAGGGUCACAGCGUACUAAUGACAGUGACAUGUUUAAGGGUCGGUCCCUCCCAGGGUCACAGUGUGCUUAUGACAGUGACAUGUUUAAUGGUCAGUUCCUCCCAGGGUCACAGUGUACUAAUGACAGUGACAUGUUUAAUGAUCAGUCCCUCCCAGGGUCACAGUGUACUAAUGACAGUAACAUGUUUAAGGGUCAGUCCCUCAGAGUCACAGCGUACUAAUGACAGUGACAUGUUUAAGGGCCUGUCCCCUCCCAGGGUCACAGCGUACUAAUGACAGUGACAUGUUUAAUGGUCAGUCCCUCCCAGGGUCACAGCGUACUAAUGACAGUGACAUGUUUAAUGGUCAGUCCCUCCCAGGGUCACAGCGUAGUAAUGACAGUGACAUGUUUAAUGGUCAGUCCCUCCCAGGGUCACAGCGUACUAAUGACAGUAACAUGUUUAAGGGUCAGUCCCUCAGAGUCACAGCGUACUAAUGACAGUGACAUGUUUAAGGGCCUGUCCCCUCCCAGGGUCACAGCGUACUAAUGACAGUGACAUGUUUAAUGGUCAGUCCCUCCCAGGGUCACAGCGUACUAAUGACAGUGACAUGUUUAAUGGUCAGUCACUCUCAGGGUCACAGCGUACUAAUGACAGUGACCUGUUUAAUGAUUUGAUGCACUCGCACAGCAUACUCUGUGCCUCAUAAUUACUUUAUUAACAUUAAAAUAUUUUGGUGCCUAUACAGUCCCUUUAAUUAGUGGCUAAGUAAGAGUAGCCGUAGUUUGUUGUGAUGAAUUCUGGGAAUUAAUUUUCUGUGGUUGAUGUCAGUGUAGAGACCACAAGACAGCUGUGUUUUGCAUUGGUUUCUUGUCCAGAGAAGAGAACAGGAAAGGGCUGCUCACUUCCAGAUGUUUUACCCGGUGACCAGACAGCACUAGCUCUGUACCUCAGACAAUGUAUCGGACGCUCCAUUUCAAUAAUUAGACAGAACGUUCUGUAUUCUGCGUCAAUCUCUGCAUUUUUCUGUUUUCCAGGACCUGUUCCUUCACUCUCCGGCAUUCAUGAUUUCUGUCUCCCACUUGCUGUUUCCCCCUCAACCCCAUUGUCUGCUCCACAUUCUUCCUCCUCUAAUUCAUUAAUUCAAGACUUCUUCUCUGAGCUAAAUAUAAACAGGACAAAUCACCGGAAGAAAAAAACAUCAAGUACAAAACAGACAAUGUUACAAUCCCACACUUUUACACUUCCACACUGAUACACAACUACACCAUGCCAUGUAUACAAUACUACACCACUCAAUGUAUACACUCCUACACCACCCCAUGUAUACACUGCUACACCACUCCAUGUAUACAAUACUACACCACUCAAUGUAUACACUCCUACACCACCCCAUGUAUACACUACUACACCACUCCAUGUAUACAAUAAUACACCACUCCAUGUAUACAAUAAUACACCACUCCAUGUAUACAAUACUACACCACUCCAUGUAUACACUCCUACACCAUGCCAUGUAAACACUACUACACCAUGCCAUGUAAACUUUACUACACCAUGUCAUGUAAACACCACUACACCAUGCCACGUAUACACUCCUACACCAUGCCAUGUAUACACUCCUACACCAUGCCAUGUAAACACUACUACACCAUGCCGUGUAUACACUCCUACACCAUGUCAUGUAAACACUCCUACACCAUGCCAUGUAAACACUACUACACCAUGCCAUGUAUACACUACUACACCAUGCCAUGUAAACACCACUACACCAUGCCACGUAUACACUCCUACACCAUGCCAUGUAUACACUCCUACACCAUGCCAUGUAAAUACUACUACACCAUGCCGUGUAUACACUCCUACACCAUGCCAUGUAAACACUCCUACACCAUGUCAUGUAAACACUGCUACACCAUGCCAUGUAAACACUACAACACCAUGCCAUGUAAACACUACAACACCAUGCCAUGUAUACACUACUACACCACGCCAUGUAUACACUCCUACACCAUGCCAUGUAAACAUUCUUACACCAUGCCACGUAUACACUACUACACCACUCCAUGUACACAGUACUACACCAUGCCACAUAUACACUCCUACACCAUGCCACGUAUACACUCCUACACCCUGCCAUGUAUACACAGCGCAGACCCUGGCUGUGCUUGCCUUCACCUCAUAAAACAUGGGUUGUCUCUGCUAAUUCGGGACAUGUAUGUUGGUAUGUAUGUAAGGGUGUGAACAUGGGGCUAGCAGAUACCGAGUUGUAAAAUAAACAGAGUAAUGUAAUUUCACAUGUUUGGAGUCUGUAGCUGAGGGAGGGCAACUUUAUUAUGUAGAGACAUUUCUGUUUAAUGUAGAGAAUAGUUUGGACAUUAGAUCAUCUUAAUGAUGACAUAGUGCAGGGAGGGUUGGAAUCUACUCCUGGCUGAAUGGGAGAACGGCACAACAUUUAUAGAACUCUCCCCUCUUCUCAAUAAAUAAGCAUAUUCAGUGCCUCACUCACUCUCAGGUGUACACUCAUUUCAUCUACUGCACACACACUCACUCAUACCCAGCAGUACACUCACACUCCCUUUCUCUACUGCGCACACACUUACUCACUCAAUCAUACUCACUCCCAGGAGUACACUCACACUCCCUUUCUCUUCUGUGCACACACUCACUCAUUCACUCACUCAAUCAUACUCACUCCCAGGUGUACACUCACACUCCCUUUCUCUACUGCGCACACACUCUCACUCAAUAAUACUCACUUUCCCAGGAGUACACUCACAAUCCUUUCCUCUACUCCACACACUCACUCAAAUUCACUCCCAAGAGGACACUCAACAUCUCUAUCUCUACUGCAUACACUCACUUAGUCACUCAUACUCAUUCCCAGAAGUAAACUAACUUUCUCAAUCACCGCUGCUCACUUAGACUCUACUUACUCCCAGGAGUUGCCAAUUUAGUUUGGUUGACCAAAUUCAGAUCAGAAUAAGCUUUAGUAAGUACUUUUACAAAUACAUUUCCAGUCUGAGUUUUGUUUAGUUUAGAGACUGAAGAGUGUCACACUUUGAUACAAUUUCCAAUCCUAUAUAUUAACAAACCAUAAACCUAGCUAUAUCUAACCCUAGCUAUACAUAAACCUAGCUAUGUCUAACCCUUGCUAACCAUAUACCUAGCUAUAUCUAACCCUAGCUAUACAUAAACCUGACUAUGUCUAAUCCUAGCUAUACAUAAAGUUAGCUAUCUCUAACCCUAGCUAUACAUAAAGCUAGCUAUCUCUAACCCUAACUAACCAUAAACCUAGCUAUCUCUAACCCUAGCUGUACAUAAAGCUAGCUAUCUCUUAUCAUAGCUAUACAUAAACCUAGCUAUCUCUAACCCUAACUAACCAUAAACCUAGCUAUCUCUAACCCUAGCUAUACAUAAACCUGACUAUCUCUAAUCCUAGCUAUACAUAAACCUAGCUAUCUCUAACCCUAACUAACCAAAAAACUAGCUAUUUCUAAUCAUAGUUAUACAUAAACCUGACUAUCGCUAAUCCUAGCUAUGCAUAAAACUAGCUAUCUCUAACCCUAACUAACCAUACAACUAGCUAUUUCUAACCCUAACUAUGCAUAAACCUAGCUAUCUCUAACCCUGGUGAAACAUAAUCCUAGCUAUCUCUAACCUUGGUUAACCAUAAACCUAGCUAUCUCUAACCCUAACUAUAUAUACACCUAGCUAAAUCUAACCCUAUCUAUACAUAAACCUAACUAUCUCUAACCCUGGAUAACCAUAAACCUAGCUAUAUAUAACCCUAGCUAUACAUAAAGCUAGCUAUAUCUAACCCUGGCUAGCCAUAUACCUAGCUAUCUCUAACCCUAGCUAACCAUAUACCUAGCUAUAUCUAAUCCUAACUAACCAUAAACCUGGCUAACUCUAACCCUGGCUAACCAUAUACCUAGCUAUAUCUAACCCUAGCUAACCAUAUACCUAGCUAUAUCUAACCCUAGCUAACCAUAUACCUAGCUAUAUCGAACCCUAACUAACCAUAUACCUAGCUAUACAUAAAGCUAGCUAUCUCUAACCCUAACUAACUAUAUACCUGACUAUAUCUAACCCUGGCUAACCAUAUACCUAGCUAUCUCUAACCCUAACUAACUAUAUACCUAGCUAUAUCUAACCCUGGCUAACCAUAUACCUAGCUAUAUCUAACCCUAACUAACCAUAAACCUAGCUAUAUCUAACCCUGGCUAACCAUAAGCCUAGCUAUACAUAAAGCUAGCUAUCUCUAACCCUGGCUAACCAUAUACCUAGCUAUAUCUAACCCUGGCUAACCAUAAACCUAGCUAUACAUAAAGCUAGCUAUCUCUAACCCUAGCCAAUCAUAGGAGCCACGUCUUAAUGUCUCAAUUUAAUGUAAUUACGAUCUGUAUUUCACUCCCUACAGAUCUCAAUAAAUCCUCCUUGUUUUCCUGUGAAGCUCAUAAUGCAAAAGGCGUGACCACCUCCCGAACAGCGACAAUUAAAGGUAAGAACUUAUCAUAUUAAUGAUCAGUGUUUAUUACCGUUUAUUACCGUGCAGAUUAAAGAAUACUAUUUUUUAUACUAUGUGAAGCCUCCGCCAUUCCUUCUGCAGUCAGGAGUUCACACUGACUUUCUACCUCCUAGUUUUAGGAGAAAUGGAAUUAAAAGGAAUUGCAGUUUUGCGGUUUAUUCCAGUUAUGUCCAGCGAGUGGAAAAUAUUGAGCUAACAUAGAUCAGCGUACUACUGCCAGGUCAUCUGAACAUGUAACUCCAAAUAAAUGGUCAACUCAUGACCGCUGGCGUAUCUCUCUGACUGUCGGUGUUUAAUGCUGCUGCCUCUCACAGCGCUUCUCCGCAAACGGGCACUGCAGCCUUGGCUCCACAAUAACACAGGAGUGCUUCCUCCACACAGUCAUAAGCGUUGUUUCACAUCAGCGCCAUUCGGCAUUCUCCAUUGCUACGCACCCCCUCUCGUCCCCACCAAGAUUCCUGCAUGAGUGGGCCUUAGGAAAAAAACUCAUUAAUUGUAUCCGUGAAACUAGACUUUGUAUCUCAGUUUUGGGGAGAUCAGACCCUGUAUUGUACAGUAUGGGGGAGAUCAGACCCUGUAUUGUACAGUAUGGGGGAGAUCAGACUCUGUAUUGUACAGUAUGGGGAGAUCAGACGCUGUAUUGUACAGUAUGGGAGAGAUUAGACUCUGUAUUGUACAGUAUGGGGGAGAUCAGACUCUGUAUUGUACAGUAAGGGGGAGAUCAGAUCCUGUAUUGUACAGUAUGGGUGAGUUCAGACUCUGUAUUGUACAGUAUGGGGGAGAUCAGACUCUGUAUUGUACAGUAUGGGGGAGAUCAGACCCUGUAUUGUACAGUAUUGGGGAGAUCAGACUUUGUAUUGUACAGUAUGGGGAGAUCAGACGCUGUAUUGUACAGUGUGGGGAGAUCAGACUCUGUAUUGUACAGUAUUGGGGAGAUCAGACUUUGUAUUGUACAGUCUGGGAGAGGCUGGACCCUGUAUUGUACAGUGUGGGGAGAUCAGACUCUGUAUUGUACAGUGUGGGGGGAGAUCAGACUCUGUAUUGUACAGUGUGGAGGAGAUCAGAUCCUGUAUUGUACAAUGUGGGGGGAGAUCAGACUCUGUAUUGUACAGUGUAGGGAGAUCAGAUCCUGUAUUGUACAGUAUGGGGGAGAUCAGACUCUGUAUUGUACAGUGUGGGGGAGAUCAGAUCCUGUAUUGUACAGUAUGGGGAGUUCAGACUCUGUAUUGUACAGUAUGGAGGAGAUCAGACUCUGUAUUGUACAGUGUUCGGAGAUCAGCCUCUGUAUUGUACAAUGUGGGGAGAGAUCAGACUCUGUAUUGUACAGUAUGGUGGAGAUCAGACCCUGUAUUGUACAGUAUGGGGGAGAUCAGACUCUGUAUUGUACAGUGUGAGACAUCAGACCCUGUAUUGUACGGUAAGGGGGAGAUCAGACCCUGUAUUGUACAGUGUGGAGGAGAUCAAACUCUGUAUUGUACAGUAUGGGGAGGUCAGACUCUGUAUUGUACAGUGUGGGGAGGUCAGACUAUGUAUUGUACAGUAUGGGGGAGAUCAGACCCUGUAUUGUACAGUGUGGGGGAGAUAAGAUUCUGUAUUGUACAGUAUGGGGGAGAUCAGACCCUGUAUUGUACAGUAUGGGGAGGUCAGACUCUGUAUUGUACAGUAUGGGGGAGAUCAGACUCUGUAUUGUACAGUGUGGGGGAGAUCAGACCCUGUAUUGUACAGUAUGGGGAGGUCAGACUCUGUAUUGUACAGUAUGGGGGAGAUCAGACUCUGUAUUGUACAGUAUGGGAGAGAUCAGACUUUGUAUUGUACAAUGUGGGGAGAUCAGACCCUGUAUUGUACAGUCUGGGAGAGGUUAGACCCUGUAUUGUACAGUGUGGGGAGAUCAGACCAUGUAUUGCACAGUAUGGGGGAGAUCAGUCUCUGUAUUGUACAGUAUGGGGAGAUCAAACUCUGUAUUGUACAGUAUGGGGAGAUCAGACUUUGUAUUGUACAGUAUGGGAGAGGUAAGACCCUGUAUUAUACAGCGUGGGGAGAUCAGACCCUGUAUUGUACAGCAUGGGGGAGAUCAGACUCUGUAUUGUACAGCCUGGGAGAGAUCGGACUCUGUAUUUUACAGUGAGGGGAGCAGGGAGGAGUUCAGACCCUGUACUGUACAGUAUGGGAGAGAUCAGACCCUGUAUUGUACAGUAUUGAGGAGUUCAGACUCUGUAUUGUACAGUAUGGGGGAGAUCAGAUGCUGUAUUGUACAGUGAGGGAUAGAUCAGACUCUGUAUUGUACAGUAUGGGGGAGGUCAGACUCUGUAUUGUACAGUGUGGGGGAGAUCAGAUCCUGUAUUGUACAGUAUGGGGAGUUCAGACUCUGUAUUGUACAGUAUGGAGGAGAUCAGACUCUGUAUUGUACAGUAUGGGGGAGAUCAGACCCUGUAUUGUACAGUAUGGAGGAGAUCAGACUCUGUAUUGUACAGUGUGAGACAUCAGACCCUGUAUUGUACGGUAAGGGGGAGAUCAGACCCUGUAUUGUACAGUAUGGAGGAGAUCAAACUCUGUAUUGUACAGUAUGGGGAGGUCAGACUCUGUAUUGUACAGUAUGGGGGAGAUCAGACCCUGUAUUGUACAGUAUGGGGAGGUCAGACUCUGUAUUGUACAGUAUGGGAGAGAUCAGACUUUGUAUUGUACAAUGUGGGGAGAUCAGACCCUGUAUUGUACAGUCUGGGAGAGGUUAGACCCUGUAUUGUACAGUGUGGGGAGAUCAGACCCUGUAUUGUACAGCAUGGGGGAGAUCAGACCCUGUAUUGUACAGUAUGGGGGAGAUCAGACCCUGUAUUGUACAGUAUGGGGAGAUCAGACUUUGUAUUGUACAGUUUGGGAGAGGUAAGACCCUGUAUUAUACAGUGUGGGGAGAUCAGACUCUGUAUUGUACAGCCUGGGAGAGAUCGGACUCUGUAUUUUACAGUGAAGGGAAGGGGGUGGGGGGGAGAUCAGACCCUGUAUUGUACAGUAUGGGAGAGAUCAGACCCUGUAUUGUACAGUGGGGAGCAGGGAGGAGUUCAGACCCUGUACUGUACAGUAUUGAGGAGUUCAGUCUCUGUAUUGUACAAUAUGGAGGAGAUCAGACUCUGUAUUGUACAGUGAGGGAUAGAUCAUACUCUGUAUUGUACAGUAUGGAGGAGAUCAGACUCUGUAUUGUACAGUGAGGGAUAGAUCAGACUCUGUAUUGUACAGUGAGGGAUAGAUCAGACUCUGUAUUGUACAGUAUGGGGGAGAUCAGACCCUGUAUUGUACAGUCUGGGAGAAAUCGGACUCUGUAUUGCACACUGUAGGGACGAGUAAGGUGCACUGACAAUGUUCCAUCUGUUUUAUAUCUAGUUGUUUUCUCUCUAAUCAUUCCCACCUGUCUCCCCGUCCAUCUGUGACACAUUAUCCGGAAGAUUCCAUCAGAAGGAAUGCCGCUGAUUCAUUUGUUUAGACCCUGAUUGUUCUGAGUCAGUGCCCACUCACUGCAGUGGCAUGAAAGCGGGCGGUUAUGGUGCCUCAGUAACCUACUGGCUGUGGUAAUAGUGAGUCAAACAUCACAAAGUAGCUGGGAUUUACAUUUCACGUUACUGUUAAGUGGUCUCAUUGUUCGUCCUGCCCAAUGCCGCAGCAGCUGGCCGCACACCCCACAAUAUAAUAGGGGAUUCAAUGAGUAAGACUAGGGGCUUAUCUACUAAACUCUGAAUCCUUGUGAAAUGAAAGUCAAACAGCAAAACGGAGGAAAACAUUGCACAUGGUAAAACAUUCGUCAAUUCAGCCAUCAUCACAGCUUCGUCACAAAUAACCCCCUGUGAGAGGUUGUUAAAGCCACGGCCUGCAAGAAAGAAAUUGAAUAAUCUACCUUUUAAUUACAAGGGGGCUCUGCGUUCCCCCUAAACUGGCCGACUCAAUAACACACAAUAUAUAAGCUAUAAAAACCCACAUCCGGCCUAUCGGAAGAUUUGAAGAGAGUUUACAUUGAGAUUUUCUCAGCUACGUCUCGGAGAGAACAUCUAACUGUGGAGGCCAAACUAUCUCACCCAGAAACCAUAGUGGAGAAUUAUUCAGACUUUACUAUUUUGGCCUGAAGUUUGCACCAAUUUUCAGAUUAAUAAAUAAUCAUGUGCCCAAUGAAAUCAGCAGCUCACCCACCUUCUAUAUUUUUUAAGGCUAAUCUAUCACAAGAUAUGUGCUUUUUUUACUUUGCUAACAUGUGACUCCGUCACAUCAGUCUGACUGAAAAAAUAUAAAUGUUUUGUAAAAAAAAAAAGUUAAUUUUGUUGUCGUUGCUUUUUUUGGGUUUUUUUUGGCUGAGUUUCUGGUUUUGCUUGUUUUUGCUGAGAAUUUUGAGAGCAGCGGCACACAUCUAGUGGCAAUGUGGGCAGAUCACCUUCAGUGACCCGAAUUUCCUGUCUGUUGAGAUACUGCGAAUAUUCCUAAUUUUAAAGAACAAUUAUGGAACAAAACGUGAAGAGAUCACCACAGCAACCAAUUUCCACUGGUUGCCAAAAUUUAGCAAUUUACCCAAUAAUUGUUUUUUAUUUGUUAUCUAUAUUGUACCUUUUAAAAUGCAUUAUUGGUAAUUUUAUUUACAUAAACAUGUUACAAGUGCAAAUUUACUGAAUAAAUCCUCCCAUGCUGUGAAAUGAGAUGGGUUAAAGCAGAUUUGGAAAUCUUGGGUCAAUCUAGCCGAGUUGUGGUUUAAAUUCUGUUGAGUAAUCCCCCGAUAUAUUCAUUCCAUAGCAUUUCGAGGCUAUAUAUCCAUCGUAAAAUAUUAUCAUCUUUCAGGCAGAUAAAAAAAGGAUUGUUCUAACUAACUGCAGAGUUCAGUUUAUCUCUGUCAUUGCCGGAUUCCUUGGAAUGUUCUGGAAUGUCCGUUGAAGUUUCUUACUUUGAAAACACGCCAACUCGCAUUCGCUGCUGAUUCGCACAGAUUAUCCUGCGCUAUAUCUUGAUUCUGGUUGAAAUUUGAUAAUAUAGAGCACCUGAUAAAGUAGUAGUCAUAACAAUUCAGAGUAUAUUCUCAAACUAGAACUAAUUUAGCAUGUUGGCCGAUCUCACACUAAAUAUUCACAAAAAUUUCUUCUUUUUUUAACCCACUAUUUCUAUGCACAUUUUAUUUACUAUUUAUUGAGGCUGGGUAAUUCUCCUAUCUCACAUUUUUCACACUUUUUUCUUUUUAUUUAACUGUAAGUUAAUUCACCAACCAAACUGUACUGUUUUAUAGCCAAACAUGACUAGUUUUACCCAAAUACUACAGUAAGGGAAAAAAAGUAUUUGAUCCCCUACUGAUUUUGAACGUUUGUCCACUGACAAAGUAGUGAUCAGUCUAUAAUUUUAAUGGUGGGUGUAUUUUAACAAUGAGAGACAGAAUAACAAAAAAAAAAUCCUGAAAAACGCAUGUCAAAAAGUUAUAAAUUGAUUUGCAUGUCAAUGAGUGAAAUAACUAUUUGAUCCCCUAUCAAUCAGCAAGAUUGCUGGCUCCCCGGUGUCUCUUAUACAGGUUACAAGCUGAGAUUAGGAGCACUCUCUUAAAGGGAGUGCUCCUAAUCUCAGCUUGUUACCUGUAUAAUAGACACCUGUCCACAGAAGCAAUCAAUCAGAUUCCAAACUCUCCACCAUGGCCAAGACCAAGGAGCUAUCCAAGGAUGUCAGGGACAAGAUUGUAGACCUACACAAGGCUGGAAUGGGCUACAAGACCAUCGCCAUGCAGCUCGGUAAGAAGGUACGAUUAGUCGCAAAUGGGUACGAUUAGUCGCAAAUGGAAGAAACACAAAAUAACUGUCAUUCUCCCUUGUUCUGGUGCUCCAUGCAAGAUCUCACCUCAAUGAUCAUGAGAACGGUGAGAAAUCAGCCCAGAACUACACGGGAGAAUCUUGUUAAUGAUCUCAAGGCAGCUGGGACCAUAGUCACCAAGAAAACAAUUGGUAACACUACGCUGUGAAGGACUGAAAUCGUGCAGCGCCCGCAAGGUCCCCCUGCUCAAAAAAGCACAUGUACAGGCCCAUCUGAAGUUUACCAGUGAACAUCUAUAUGAUUCAGAGGAGAACUGGGUGAAAGUGUUGUGGUUAGACGAGACCAAAAUCGAGCUCUUUGGCAUCAACUCAACUCGCGUGUCUGGAGGAGGAUGAAUGCUGCCUAUGAACAGCAACCCCACGUCAAACAUGGAGGUGGAAACAUUAUAUUUUGGAGGUGUUUUCCUGCUAAGGGGACAGGACAACUGCAGCGCAUCAAAGGGAUGAUGGACGGGGCCAUGUAAAUCUUGGGUGAGAACCUUCUUCCCUCAGCCAGGGCAUUGAAAAUGGAUCAUGGAUGGGUAUUCCAGCAUGACAAUGACCCAAAACACACAGCCAAGGCAACAAAGGAGUGGCUCAAGAAGAAGCACAUUAAGGUCCUCGAGUGGCCUAGUCAGUCUCCAGACCUUAAUCCCAUAGAAAAUCUGUGGAGGGAGCUGAAGGUUCGAGUUGCCAAAUGUCAGCUUCGAAACCUUAAUGACUUGAAGAGGAUCUGCAAAGAGGAGUGGGACAAAAUCCCUCCUGAGAUGUGUGCAAACCUGGUGGCCAAUUACAAGAUCUGUCUGACCUCCGUGGUUGCCAACAAGGCUUUUGCCUCCAAGUACUUAUUUCACUCAUUGACAUGCAAAUUAAUUUAUAAUUUUUUUGACCUGCGUUUUUUUUUUAUUUAUUUUUUUGUUACUCUGUAUUUCACUGUUAAAAUAUACCUACCAUUAAAAUUAUAGGCUGACCAUUUCUCUGUCAGUGGGCAAAUGUUCAAAAUCAGGAGGGGUUCAAAUAUUUCUUUUCCCUCACUGUAGCUGCAGAAGGUGCCUUAUUACUAUUAGCACAAAAUACCGAUUCCGACCACUGCUCCCCAAAUUCUACGUCUUUAGCAAUCGCUUAUCACACAUCUCUGUUUAAUACAUCUUAAAAGAGUUUGUAAAAUGGUUGGUUUUUUAAUACUAAACCUCAAAUUGAAAAGUUACUUUUAUUUCUCCUGCUCUGUACAGUUUUGCCACGGAAACAAAAGGAUCUAAAAUUAUUAUCACGAAGUUCAACAGAGCUGGAGGUGACCUGGCAGCCCGGAGAAAGCGGCGUUUAUCCUCUGCUUGUCUGCACUGUGGAGGUAUGGAGGUACUGCAAUAACAUUGCACGUAAAGGACAGUAACUCCCAAUGCAAAAAUAUACAGACAGUGACAUGUUUAAUGGUCGGUCCCUCCCAGGGUCACAGUGUAUUAAUGACAGUGACAUGUUUAAGGGUUGUUCCCUCCCAGGGUCACAGUGUACUAAUGACAGUGACAUGUUUAAUGGUCAGUCCCUCCCAGGGUCACAGUGUACUAAUGACAGUGACAUGUUUAAUGGUCAGUCCCUCCCAGGGUCACAGUGUAUUAAUGACAGUGACAUGUUUAAGGGUUGUUCCCUCCCAGGGUCACAGUGUACUAAUGACAGUGACAUGUUUAAUGGUCAGUCCCUCCCAGGGUCACAGUGUACUAAUGACAGUGACAUGUUUAAUGGUCGGUCCCUCCCAGGGUCACAGUGUACUAAUGGCAGUGACAUGUUUAAUGGUCAGUCCCUCCCAGGGUCACAGUGUACUAAUGACAGUGACUUGUUUAACGGUCAGUCCCUCCCAGGGUCACAGUGUACUAAUGACAGUGACAUGUUUAAUGGUCAGUCCCUCCCAGGGUCACAGUGUACUAAUGACAGUGACAUGUUUAAUGGUCAGUCCCUCCCAGGGUCACAGUGUACUAAUGACAGUGACAUGUUUAAUGGUCAGUCCCUCCCAGGGUCACAGUGUACUAAUGACAGUGACAUGUUUAAUGGUCAGUCCCUCCCAGGGUCACAGUGUACUAAUGACAGUGACAUGUUUAAUGGUCAGUCCCUCCCAGGGUCACAGUGUACUAAUGACAGUGACAUGUUUAAGGGUCGGUCCCUCCCAGGGUCACAGUGUACUAAUGACAGUGACAUAUUUAAGGGUCGGUCCCUCCCAGGGUCACAGUGUACUAAUGACAGUGACAUGUUUAAUGGUCGGUCCCUCCCAGGGUCACCGCGUAGUAAUGACCGUGACAUGUUUAAUGGUCAGUCCCUCCCAGGGUCACAGUGUACUAAUGACAGUGACUUGUUUAAUGGUCAGUCCCUCCCAGGGUCACAGCGUACUAAUGACAGUGACUUGUUUAAUGGUCAGUCCCUCCCAGGGUCACAGCGUACUAAUGACAGUGACAUGUUUAAGGGUCAAUAUCUCCCAGAGUCACAGUGUACUAAUGACAGUGACAUGUUUAAUGGUCAGUCCCUCCCAGGGUCACAGCGUACUAAUGACAGUGACUUGUUUAACGGUCAGUCCCUCCCAGGGUCACCGCGUACUAAUGACCGUGACAUGUUUAAUGGUCAGUCCCUCCCAGGGUCACAGUGUACUAAUGACAGUGACUUGUUUAACGGUCAGUCCCUCCCAGGGUCACAGCGUACUAAUGACAGUGACAUGUUUAAUGGUCAGUCCCUCCCACGGUCACAGCAUACUAAUGAAAGUGACAUGUUUACAGGUCGGUCCCUCCCAGGGUCACAGUGUACUAAUGACAGUGACAUGUUUAAUGGUCAGUCGCUCCCAGGGUCACAGUGUACUAAUGACAGUGACAUGUUUUAGAGUCUGUCCCUCCCAGGGUCACAGUGUACUAAUGACAGUGACAUGUUUAAGGGUCGGUCCCUCCCAGAGUCACAGUGUACUAAUGACAGUGACGUGUUUAAGGGUCGGUCCCUCCCAGGGUCACAGUGUACUAAUGACAGUGACAUAUUUAAGGGUCAGUCCCUCCCAGGGUCACAGUGUACUAAUGACAGUGACUUAACGGUCAGUCCCUCCCAGGGUCACAGCGUACUAAUGACAGUGACAUGUUUAAGGGUCAAUAUCUCCCAGAGUCACAGUGUACUAAUGACAGUGACAUGUUUAACGGUCAGUCCCUCCCAGGGUCACAGCGUACUAAUGACAGUGACAUGUUUAGGGGUCAGUCCCUUCCAGGGUCACAGUGUACUAAUGACAGUAACAUGUUUAAGGGUCAGUCCCUUCCAGGGUCACAGUGUACUAAUGACAGUGACAUGUUUAGGGGUCAGUCCCUUCCAGGGUCACAGUGUACUAAUGACAGUAACAUGUUUAAGGGUCGGUCCCUCCCAGGGUCACAGUGUACUAAUGACAGUGACAUGUUUAAAGGUCAGUCCCUCCCAGGGUCACAGUGCACUAAUGACAGUGACAUGUCAAAGAGUCGGCCCUCCCAGGGUCACAUGUUUAGUAACUGAUUGUAAAUAAUGGCAUUCUGGGACUGAAUAAAAGAGUUGGAUUCUUGUUCAAUACUGAUGUUUCUAGCAAUUUGCAUUUAAGGGAUUUGUGCAAUAAUGAUUUUCAGCUAGUGAUAACAAGUCAGAUUUCUUUUAAACUCUGUCCCAUUGAAUCGAUCUUCUGGAAUAUACCUAGGGACUUUUAUUCAAUGAACAAGACUCGAUAGGUAAAUCCCCGGUUGAUUGAUUUAAUCUGACAUCGGUUAACGAAACAUUGUAGCGUUAGGAAUACAAAUCUGUAUUCAUAACGCUAUAGUACAGCUAUUCAGGGCCCUAUUUUUAAUGUGUAAAAAUCUGUAAAAAAAAAAAAAAAGAAGCUUUUUAAUUACCCUUACCCAGCGCCUGGACUCCCUCCAUGCGACGUCGGCGAGGAGGCAUUGCUUCCUCCAAUGCCGGUCCAAUCCAAUGAUUCUCAUAGAGGAGCAUUGGGGACAUGACACACAAGCACGGCGAGCAACAUGCGCGCAUCCAAUGAUUCUCAUCAGAAAACAUUCCUAUUAUAUAUGAUUAAUCUGUGUUUCUCAAUGUAAGUAUAACAUAUUCUACGUUAUUAUAUCACAGUCUAUGUAUGAAACAUCCUGAAUGUUCUAAAUUCUCAGUUUGGCAUCAGGACCAGAUUAAGAGCCCACUGGGCCUAGCGCUGGCAAUUAUGAUGGGCCUAAUUACAGAAUCUUAUCGACAGAAAACACUAAACCAGUUAUACCUCCCAAGCGUCAUGUAUCUGGGGGAGGUGGUGCUGGAGAGAAACUCACAGGAUAUAGCUAUCAGAAAACACAUACCCUAUGUUAAACUCUCGCUUCUAUCUUUCAAGUAAAUCCAUACCUCCUAACAGAAGCGUCUAGUGGAAGAGGAUGUCGGUGGGUGGCGAAAAAGUGUGGGCCACUGACGCGAGUCACGUAACCAGAACUGUCAACACAGGUGAACAUGCCCCAAAAGGGGGCGUGUCUGCGCGAAGAAUUGUAAGGCCAAUCUGCAAGUCAGACUGCUUGCCAAUCAUGCAGGAUGACCAGCUAAGGGCGUACUAUGUAGACAGCACCCUAAGCUUGGUAUAAAUGAGUCUAAUGAAGCGCUCGCUUCAUGCUUUCUUAGUAUUGUCCUCUAGCACUAACUGCUCCACUCCUCUCCUAACCUCCUUAAUAGCAGGCAGAAGAUCCUGUUAAACAGUCUGGGACAGAGAAAAUGUGUAUGUAGUGAGUGUAGAAGAAAGGGAACAUGCCACCGUGUUAGAGAGACUGAAGCAGCAAGAGCAUUUGCAUAGUGCGCACAGUCAGCUUUACCGUAACUAAUGUCAUUGUCAGCCAGAUUUCACCAGUUUUGUUCCCCUACAUCCCUCUUGAGUUUCCAUACUUAAGCAAGAUCAUGUGAAGAGUAGUAAAGAAAAAACAAUAAUAAUAAUGAAAUCAAAUCAAGGGGCCUAUACCAUGGGCAUGGAGCUGCAGCUCCAUCAGUCCCUAUGUUAAUCUGGCCCUAUUUGUCACAAGUCGCUGUUUACUGGAUACAUUCCUAUUCUUUCCUAGAGGGGGCAUCUGUACGUGAUCAUGGGUUUGUGGCAACGUGAAUACUUGGUGUUUUCCUUUUUCUUCAGUGUAUUUAUUGAUUUCAAAAGAGGAAGAUGAAUUUGCUGAGAAUGACAGAUGCAACAAGUAUUACUUCUUCAUUGAGAAAAUUAUUGGCUUUGAAUGGAUUUAGGUUAAGAGUGUGAUUCACAUGUUAACAAGCAAUCAAUAUUUUCUAUAAAUAACCGACACACCAAUCAGUUCUCCUAUAAACUAUUUAUUAAGUUAUCCCUCUAAUAAACACAGAGCUGCACGGAAGAGCUUCAUGGAUCCUGGCACAAUGGGUGUAAUUGUUUUAAUUUAAACUAUUAAUGGUUCUUGUGCACCCCUUUCUAAUUACCAGCUUAUUUUCUACUUUUUAAGUCUUUGCAGUUUGUUUAAAAGUUGGCGGUAGAUAAUGGGUGAUGGUUUAGUGAAAUGCCCAUGGCUGGACAUGAUAUUGAUCUAUAAAUCAUUGGACAAAGCUUUAUGUAAACCAGUAAUACAUCUCCUCUGUAAACAACCAAACGCUUUGCUUUGUUAACCAACUGAUCAGUGAUGAUACAGUAAUCAAGCAAUCAGAACUCUGUAAAUGACCAACCGUUGCCUUCUGUAAAAAUGCUCAACGCAACUGAUCAAUAUCCGAUAAAGGCAAUUGAUCAUUGGCUUCUGUAAACAUCUGAUCCACAGUCCAUAAAUGAUUUCAUUUAAACAGCAAAUCGCGUGUAGAGGUUACUUUUUCCAUUUUCAUAGGACAAGCUCAAAGUUGUCCUUUUUAUGUUUUCAUAGUGUCAGCGUGUUGGUGAAGGUAAUUGGGAGACAUGCUUCCCCAAGUUCCUGAUCUUCGUUCCUCAUUCACUGACAAACUGUGCUCUCAGUGCUUUCAUUUCCUGGCAUUCAGAGCAUUACACAACAUGUCUGAUUUUUUCGGGGACUUUCUAUGAAUAAAUACAUUACUUUUACUAAUAUAAUAACUUCCUCUCUAACAGGAGAUUUUCCGUCAGACGAUAGACCAUUGUUGUCACUAUAAGGGGACCAGCAGUUGGAGCUUCACCCCAUCAGUGUUUGAUGGCAUUGAGGUCAAGGAUAGUCUGUCGGCUUUGUCUACAUUGAUAUUGGCAAUCCAUUCCAAUAUGAACCUGCCUUGAUGGAAACACAGAAUCUCCUAGAAUAUUAUUGGAUCCUGUAGCUUUAGAUUGUCCCGUCACUGGAUGCAAGUGAUCUAGUCCGAGCUAUAAAAACAUUGCCAAAUCAUCAGUCCUCCUCCAUUGUUACAGUGAGUAAUUAUGGAGCUAGGAAGGUAGCGUAGCAAAGGUAUCCUCCAAAUCCAAAGUCACUCAUCAGAAAAAAUAACAAAGCAUCGUUCGGCAUGCCCUGAUCCAGAGCCAAAACAAUGUGAGCUUGGCAUUGUGCAGGCUGAUAGUAGGCGUAUGGCCAGGUGUUGGGGGACAGUGCUCCCUUGCAGUAUUGAUUUGGAUCUCAGCAGGAAGUAUUGAAACUGAUGACAGAUAUUUGUUUACUUUAUAACAGUCCCAUUCCGUGACGUGUGUGUGGUCUACCACAUCAUGGCUGAGGAUAGAUAUUCCCAUUUCACAGUAACUGUUACUGACAAUAUGUCUGUACGAAAAGAAAACUGUAUGCGAUUUUAUACACCUGUCAGCAGUCGAUAAACGUAGCUAAAUUCACUAACUAGAAGGUGAAUUCUGUGUGGCUAUGAUAUAGUGUAUCGUCUGCUUGGGACUCAUUUCUAACCUCGUUGCUAAGUUUUCCCAACCAGUCAAUACUCACUAAAGUUUUCCCUCCAUCAAAAUCCCACCAUUAGUGAGAGGACUUUCCUUCUGGAAUUAAUAUUAAUGGCUCCCAAAGCUUAAAACAGGAGCCAUUAAAUGCUACUUACCGACUGGUUUCCAUCCUUGUCGCUACUAUUUACCGGCUGAUGUUAACCCUUAAAACAACUGCAAAGGUCCCAUACAUCCUAUAGGAAAAAAAGGAAAAGGACUUGUAGUGGUCAUGGUGCAAGGAGAGUCCUGGCACCGCCCAUUGAAAGUAGACAUUGCCAGGUAAUGCUCCCCACCUCCACUACUGAAAGCGCGCUCUCUCUCUCUCUCAACCACUGGAGAGUGGAUAUAAGUACAGGGAGCAGCGCCCAGCAGGCCCCAGGUAAGAAGAAAACACAAUGUUAAAAAGGUUGAUUACUUUUUGACUACAGAACUCAAUAGUUGUCAUGGUGGGGGAGUUUAAAAGGGACACUGUAGACACCUAGACCAUCUUAUUGAAGUGGUCUGGGUGCACUGUCCUUGCCCCUUUUUUAGCCCUGCAAUAUAAAAGAUUGCACUUUUAGAGAAACUGAAUUGUUUACAUUGCAGUGCUAAUAUUGCCUCUAGUGGCUGUCUACCAGAGUGGCGCUUCCUGGAAUUUUAUGAUGUUUAAGGAUAUCCAGUGUCAAGGAAAACCUCAUAGGAAAGCAUUGUAACACCUCAUUUCCCAGCCAUAGAGGUUAAGACAACAGGUUUAUAAAUUGCAGGCAGAUAUUCUGAACCCUUUUUAAAUAUAGGAACCACAUCUGCUUUUCUCCAAUCCUCCGAUUCCUAAAAGAAAAGAAUGCUUAUAGAUUAAAAACAGUGGUUUGCUUAUUUCCACUCUUAGCUCACUAACUACUCAUGGGUAAAAACCAUCUGGCCCUGGAGUUGUGUUUAUAUUAACUUUCUUUAAUUGCUGUAACACCUUGUCUUGAGUCAUCCAAUCACACAUUUUCUGUAAACAAAUCACUGUACAGUCCUGGUUGCCAGUGGUGGCCGGUGAAAUUUAAAGAUGGUGUUGAUCUGCACCACCCGUCAUGCUGGGCUCCACACACUUACCCCCGAGAUGUUCAAAACCAGCUGCAUCUCUAGUUAAACAAUGGGGAGAAUGGGAACGUCAGAUAUAAUCCUGGAAGACACAUGCUUUUCUGAUAUACAUGUAUCUGUAUUCCUUAAAACAACAAAGUUAUUUGCAACACAAACCGGGGAGAGGUCGACCCACCUAUCCCUAUGGACUGUCCUCCACUUCUGGUUGCCAUGCCAGGGUCAUGCAAUGCCUGCUUUUUGGUACCUUACUUGUGAGUCGCUGACAGCUACUGCUAAUAUGUUAGAAACAUAUCAGUAAUCAGUGGCUGCUAAUUCAAAGUAAUUUUAUAGUUGGUUGGGUGAUGGAGAUUGCCUAUAACUUUAUGGCCAUGUACUUUGCUGGUCUUUGGAAAAUUGCCCCCAGUGUGGGUUUGUCCUCUCUGCUUUAAUUUCAUUAUCUCUAAGUCCCUCUAAUUUCUUAUGGUUAUAAAAUACCAGGUUUGAGACUCAGUAACACGUUUACGCUCAGCACUGUGUGGAGAUCAGACCCUGUAUUGUGCAGUGUGGGGAGAUCAGACCCUGUAUUGUACAGUGUGGGGGACAUCAGACACUGAAUUGUACAGUGUGGGGGAGAUCAGACGUUGUAUUGUGCAGUGUGGGGAGAUCAGAACCUGUAUUGUACAGUAUGGGGAGAUCUGACACUGAAUUGUACAGUGUGGGGGAGAUCAGACCCUGUAUUGUACAGUGUGGGGAAAUCAGACUCCAUACUGUGCAGUGUGGGGGAGAUCAGUACCUGUAUUGUACAGUGUGGGGGAGAUCAGACUCUGUAUUGUACAGUGUGGGGGAAGAUCAGACCCUGUGUUGUACAGUGUGGGGGAGAUCAGACUCUGUAUUGUACAGUAUGGGGGGAGAUCAGACUCUUUAUUGUACAGUAUGGGGGCGAUCAGACCCUGUAUUAGUUAUACAGUGUGGGGAAAGAUACAGUGUCUCUGUAUUGUACAGUAUUGGGACAUCAUACUCUGUAUUGUACCGUGGGUGGAAAAUCAAUGCCCAUAUUGCAUAGUCUCAAUACGGUGUAUUAGAAAGUUUGGUUUUGAAGUCUUAUAUUAAUCAUCUUUUUCUGCUCCUUCUUAGGCCGUUAUCCCCCACACUGACUCUGGCACUGCACCCUAUCAAAAGAUAUACCAUCAGAACCUGAAUGUUCCUCCCCACAGCCAUGUAAUCAGCGGCCUUGCCCCCUACUCCACGUAUAAUGUGCGCGUUGCCUGUCUGAGCAGUCAGGGCAUCUCUCAUUGGACGGACUGGGUGGAGAUGAAAACCAUGGAAGGAGGUAUCAUCGGGGUAUAUUUUGGGGGUCUCUGAUUAUUUUCAUAUUCUCAAAUAAAAAACAAUCAAGUAUUGCUACUGUGACGGACCGCCUGGCAUCCUGACCGAGUGCCUCCGCCAAUCGAUGCUCCUAGUGCUUACCGAGGAAUUCCAACACUCCACCAGACACCAUAAGCACUGCAGACCCCACUUCCAGCGAUGCAGCUGCGCUGGGGUCUCGCUGUUCUUCACCCACCCUGGAUCCAACAACGGGAUCCAGCUUCCAGUGGGCAGACCUCUCCUACUCCAGAGAGCGUAGCAGGAACAGCUCUUAUAAGAGCUAGUGUUUAUAAUUCCUGGGGAGUAUAGUGAUAUAGCAAUCCCCAGGGUAGAUACAGCCGUCCCCCCCACACAUGAGAUGAGACUCUAUGUUGAGGGUAAGCAGGAACAGAAUUUUAAUGGAGGCACGCUGGCUUUUUAUGCAAGUUUCCCAAAAAGGGUGUCACCCAGGUGGGCCUUGUUGGGCACAGGGACACAAAGUGAAUAAACCAAUAAAAACAGAGUCAUACAGUUAGACACUCCCAUGCACAAACAAUAGAAUCCCUCCUCUGUGCUUGGGAGAUAAUUGAAUCAGGAACUGUACUAAGCUAAACCAAUUAUCUCCAAGCACAAAAAAACAUCCAAUUUUAUGAAAUCCCAAAAAGUACCUUAAAAACACAUAAAACCCCAUAAUGUUACAUCCUCUGAUCGCCCCGAUCUAGGUGAACAACAUAUCCAAAAAUCACCCAGAUCGGCUAAGGGGUUCAGGAAUUUCCUGGAAGUCAUAAUUUUGACAGACCGUGCACAUGGUCCUAUGCCCAAAACAGGUCCAGGGAAAUCAGUGCUAACAGUCAGUCAAGUUCGGUAGUCUUUUACAGGUUUCCCUGCAGGGCCCAUAGUCUGUGGGCAGGAGGCUGGCAUGCAGGCCUCUCCAAGUACAAGUGGCGAGGUUACUUUCGCCACAGCUACAAACGGUAAAUAUUCGGAGCAUUGGCAAUGCCUCCAUGGUGAAGUACGGGAGCGCAACUCCUGUGACUUACAGAGGAAGGAAAAGUAAAUUCUAUAAUGGUUGCCAACAUGUUCAUAUGCGUGAUGAAUACAGGAGAUGAGGAAUAAAUUCAAGAGGUGCAAGGGGUGAGAAAAAGGGGUGCAUGGGGGUGCAGAGCAACUAGGCAUCAGAGGUGUAACUAGAAAGCCUGGUGUGAAAAUUGCCCUGGGCCCUCCCAUGUGACUCAUUCCCCCUCCGCCUCUCCAAGUGUUUCAUCUCCUCCACAGCCCCUCCAUGUGUCUCAAUCCCAGCCAGCCCCUCCAUGUGUAUCAUUCUCUUCCCCUCAGCACCUCCAUGUGUCUUAUUUCCUCAUCCCCCAGCCCCUCCAUGUAUCUCAUUCCCUCCCCCAGCCCCUUCAUGUGUAUCAUUUACUCCUCCCAGCCCCUACUUGUGUAUUAUACCCGCAGCAUCCCCUCCAUGUGUAUCAUUCGCUCCCCCAGCCCCUCUAUGUGUCUCAUUCCCAGCGAGCCCCUCCACGUGUCUCAUUCCCUGUCCCAUCCCCUCCAUGUUUUCCAUUCCCUCCCGCCAGCCCCUCCAUGUGUUCCAUUCUUCCCAGCCCCAUGUAUUAAAUACACAAUCUAUAAACGAAAAAAGUAUAAUAGUGUAAUAUUGUAAAACUCCAUAAAACAUUGGUGAUAAUAUUGCACUCACAGGAUUAAAAUGUGUUACAGACACAUAAAGGUAUGUUUAAAAAGAUGAAGCCUUCUGUUCUUCUCUCUUAUCCUCUCAAUACUACACUAUUAUACUUUUUUUGUUUAUAGAUUGUAUAUUUAAAGGGACACUGUAGGCACCCAGACCACUUGAGCUAAUUGAAGUAGUCUGGGUGUUGUGACCCUAUUGCACUUAGUGUUGCAAUGGAAAACAUUGCAGUUCUAGAGAAAUUGCAAUGUUUACAUUGCAGCUGCAAGUCUGCCACCUGUGGCCACUCUGGCCACUAGAGGGCUUCAAAAUCUAAACCGACUUUUGGUCCAUUAUCUGACGCUGGAUGUCCUCAUGGAUAAUGCUUUCCUAUGGGGAUGUCUAUUGCGCGUGUGACAUCGGCAGGGGAGGAGCGUGAGCGUAGCCUGACCCAGCGCCGAGGGACAUUAGCGCUGGAUUCAGGUAAGUGACUGAAGGGGUUCUAACCCCUUUAGCGCUGCGGGAGGGGGGGCUUGUUUACCCGAUAGUGCCAGGAAAACGGCUUUGUUUUCCUGACACUAUAGGAUCCCUUUAAUAUAUUCAUACAAAAGAUAGGAGGAAUCUUCUUACAAUCUCAACAUUUUAUCCUAAAGGGUAACAUUUCUGGUGUACACUUUGGUAUUUGUUUUAUAUUUGUAUUAUUUGUAUACCGCCCCUCCAUGUGUAUCAUUCAGACUGCAGUUCCCUCGGCCACGCUACACACAAUAUUUUAGUUACUUAUAAUAAUUUGAAGAAAAAAAUUAAGUUACAGGUUUUUUAUUGAUUAAUACUCUGCCUGAAAUAUUCACAUAUGAGAUAAAAGAACUAAAUUCUCCAAACUGGUCAACGUGCAUAAUGGGCACUUUAUCUGAUAUUUGGGAACAAGGUAAUUUGUUAUCAUUUUCCACAUUGCAACAGACAUAAGGUCUACCUUAGAUAAUUAUUUGCAUAUUUGAGAGUGAAAAAUUACGUAACUAAAAAACAGAUAUUAGAAUCUCACCAGAUCUUAGAUACGAUGGCCUGUCCUGUGGGAAGUAGACAAAACUCUAAGAUAUCAGAAAUUCUUAAUGACAUAGUUCAAUAGGAUACAUUGCUAGCAUUUAUCAAAUGGGAUAAAUAUUUUGAUAAAACCUUUUCGAUUAAACAAUGGCAGGAGAGUAUACAUCUGAUUAGAAAGAAUAUUCAUUGUGUAACUGUAAACUGUUCUACUAUUGAUACAAGAUUAAAGUAUCGAGAUUGCUUCCAGACAUAUGUUGGCGAUGCUCGAUAGCUAAGGGUCUCAUGUACCAUAUCUGGUGGGAAUGCACACUCUUGAGUAAAUUAAAGGAACAUCUUGUAUUAUUACUAAAUAAUAUCUUUAAUCCUAUUAAUCAUAUCUCUCCCCAAACAUCCAUGUUAAAUCUAAAGCUCUCGGUGUACAUAAGAACCAUAGGGAACUAAUCGUUCAUACUUUAUUUGUUGUAAAAAUCUGCGUAGCUAGGAAUUAGAAAAUUCCUUCUGAAAUAAAUUGGUCUGAAAUAAUCAAUCAAAUGGAUUACAAAUGUUCUAUGGAACGUGGAUGCUACGUUUCUAUUGGUCAGAUAAGACAUUCAAAUAAAACAUGAACCUUUUCCUCAAUCCUUACUCCACUUGCUUGGGGUUCUAAUCGUUCAACGUAUAACUUAGUCGUGUAUGAAUGCUGUAUGCAUGGAAUAUAAGGGUUUGUAUCAAAGAAAGAAUCGAACUUGGAGAAUCAUUUAUCUUAUACAUUAACAUUUUAUCAAACUGUUAAUCUUAUGCAUAUUGAAGGUAACUUGUCUCUUCCAUCAUUCUUGUACUGUGUAGAAAAAACUAAAACAUAAAUAAUUAUUUAUAAUAAAAAAAUUAUAUAUAUGUAUAUAAUAUGCAGUACACUGAUAGGCCUGUUUUUGCCCACUUUUGGUUUGUCUGAAUAGUUACAUAUAUGAAGAACCCAAUCACAAUUGCCCACCUAAUCAUGCCAAUCCUCCACCUCCCUGUUCACUUACCCCUACCCUGGGCUGCCGUCUGAAAUCGUGGAGCCCCUUACUGGACUAUUUAGUGGGACUGCCUGGCACACACUCCCAGAUAUGGGCACACAUAACACUGACAGAGACACACACACAUUUCCAGACGUACACUACAUGGGUAACAGUUACAGCUCUGUGUAAGGUUUUUCUAACAGACAUAUACGUCCGUAUUUCUAGACAGCUAUUGUUUUCUUGUCUUAUUGCAGUAUUGAGAGUGUCAUCCUUGGGAUCUAGUGAUAAUGAUAGUGAUGCAGCCAUAAGCUCAGUAUUGUCUUAAAGGACCGCAUGCGGGCCCCAAUGCUAGGCAGGACCCCUGAACGCAACAUGUUCUGUCAUGCCCUGAUGGCAACCCUGCCUCCACCAACCUAGUUACCUAGACCUACCAACCCAUAUAUGGCACUCAAAAGUAGUGCCCCUAGGGUCAGUGACCAUCCAUGCAGGAGAUACUUACCCAUCCUUGUUAAUAAGACCUCCUGGGGUCAGAAAGAUUACAUUUUACUUUAAUAUGAUUUUGUGUUAUUAUAGUUUAAAACGAGGUCGACUUGCCCUCCAAUUCCCCAGAAGAUCUCCUUGUAUGUGGUGAGUGGCUCCACACAUGGAAAGAGAGAUGAUUAUUAAAUCAGUGUUGGGUUAGUCCUGGAGACAAAAUACUGAGAUAUUUUUUUGUUUAACUUCUCAUGCAAUUAAAAAACUAUUUAGCAGAAUAUUUACCAAAUGCAAACUUUAGAAGCCAGAACGGAUCAGGACAGACAGGAAAUGUGGCUUGCCUACAUAGCUAGCAUUCUUUUAAUUCCACGUUCCUCUCUGUACAUCUCACUGUAUGUCUCCUUCCUUUUUUAGUCACUCCCCACUCUGUCAGUCUGUCUGUCCACAUCCCUGUCACUCUCCCACUCCUUGUCUGUCUGUCCAUUUCCCGAUCAGUCUUCUAUUUUUCGGCCCCCGAUAAGUCAUUUAACGCUUUGGAUAGAUUUAAUUAGGAUCGGUAAAUGCUUAUCAGGAGCCGGAAAAUAUACGCCUAUAUUUAGAAAAUAUAAUUCAGUCCCAUGUAAUGGGCACAUAUCCCACAUAUAAUAUAUUGAGGCAGAUAGGCGUAAUAGUAUUCGCGUCCAUUGAUAGAGUUCCCGUAUUUCUGUGAUGUAUGAUAUGAGCCUCGCUUUAAUGUGCUAAUACACAGAGUUCCUCUAUUUAUCUCAGGUUUAUAAACCACAUGAUUUUUUUUUUCUGUCUUCCACAAGUUCCUUCUGGGCCUCCUGAAAACGUAACUGCGAUCCGGAAUGGGACAGUCACUAUUGUGACAUGGGGAGAACCCAAGGCCUUGAUCAAUGGUGUACUGCGGGGUUACAAACUGGCGUAUCAAACCAAGGAUGAAGCCGAGGUAGAAUAGAUAAAUAUGCUGUGUAUACAUUGCAUGGUGUAGCAGUGUAUAUCUGGCAUAGUGUAAAAGGUAUACGUGGCGUGGUGUAGUAGUGUAUACAUGGCGUGGUGUAGUAGUGUAUACAUGGCAUGGUGUAGUAGUGUAUACAUUGCGUGGUGUAGUAGUGUAUACAUGGCGUGGUGUAGUAGUGUAUACAUGGUGUGGUGCAGUAGGUAUACAUGGCGUGGUGUAGUAGUGUAUACAUGGCGUGGUGUAGUAGGUAUACGUGGCGUGGUGUAGUAGUGUAUACGUGGCGUGGUGCAGUAGGUAUAUAUGGUGUAGUAGUAUAUACGUGGCGUGGUGUAGUAGUGUAUGCAUGGUGUGGUGUAGUAGGUAUACAUGGCAUGGUGUAGUAGUGUAUUCAUGGCAUGGUGUAGUAGGUAUACGUGGCAUGGUGUAGUAGUGUAUACAUGGCGUGGUGCAGUAGGUAAACAUGGUGUAGUAGUAUAUACGUGGCGUGGUGUAGUAGUGUAUGCAUGGUGUGGUGUAGUAGGUAUACAUGGCGUGGUGUAGUAGUGUAUACAUGGCGUGGUGUAGUAGGUAUAUGUGGCGUGGUGUAGUAGUGUAUACGUGGCGUAGUGUAGUAGUAUAUACGUGGCAUGGUGAAGUGGUUUAUACGUGGCGUGGUGCAGUAGGUAUACAUGGCGUGGUGUAGUAGGUAUACGUGGCGUGGUGUAGUAGUGUAUACAUGGCGUACUGGUGUAGUAGGCAUACAUUGUGUGGUGUAGUAGUAUAAACGUGGCAUAGUACUGUAUAUGUGGUAUGGUGGAGUAGGUAUGCAUGGCGUGAUGUAGUAGUGUAUACCUGGCAUGGUGUAGUAGCGUAUAUGUGCUGUGGUGUAGUAGUGUACAUGGCGUGGUGUAGUAGGUAUACGUGGCAUGGUGUAGUAGGUAUACAUGGCAUUGUGUAGUAGUUUAUACAUGGUGUGGUGCAGUAGAUAUACAUGGCAUGGUGUAGUGUACAUGGCGUGGUGUAGUAGUGUAUACACAGCGUGGUGUAAUAGGCAUACACAGCUUGGUGCAGUAGUGUAAAAGUGGCGUGGUGCAGUAGUGUAUACAUGUGUGGUAGGUAUACAUAGCGUGGUGUAGUAGUGUACACAUGACAUGGUGUAGUAGUAUAUACGUGGCGUGGUGCAGUAGCUUAUACAUGGUGUGGUGUAGUAGUGUAUACGUGGUGUAGUAGUGUAUACAUGGCGUGGUGUAGUAGUGUAUAUGUGGCGUGGUGUAUAGUGUUUGAUUGGCGGUUGCUAUACUAUGCCUAUGUUGUGUAUAAAUGCCAUGGUCUUGUAGUGUGUGUAGUGGAGUUUUAUUAUUAAUAUUUGCAUUUAUUUGUCAAUGUUUUCUGUAAUGCUUUACACUUACACAAUGGAGUUAUUUAUCAACCAGUAGUUAACAGACAGAAAUAAUGUAAUGUUGUCAGACGCUAGAGGUGAAGAAGAUCCUAUUCAGAUAAGCUAACACUCCAGGAGGAAUUGUCAAAGGAAGAAGAAUAAAAUGUUGGAUGGAACGAGAGCUUGAUAGAUUAGUAAAUAAUAUAAUGUUUGUGUGUGGUUAAACUGGUAAAACCUCUGUGUGGACGAACCAUAGAAUAGAGCGAGAGAGAGUGUAAUGGGCUACGGAAACACGGCUGACUGGUGGAAGGACGGGAGGGAUAAUAUAACGAGAGAAGAGUCACACAGGAAGAUGGUAAUGUUUCCUAAAUAAAUUGGUUUUCUGUGACUUCUUAAAGGACUGGAUUCUCGGGACAGUCUAAUAGACUGGGGUAGGGAAUUCCUCUGAUAGAUGUGGGCUUCAAGAAUUUCUAUGUAUGAGUAUUAGCAAUGUGGGAACAUCGACAAAAUAAGGUCUCUCGUAGAGCAAAGGGAGUGAGACGGGGUACAUUUGUGAAUUAGAGAAGAAAGGUAAUGAGUGUAACUGUUCGCCCUAUACCUAUACUGGGGGGUAUCAUGUGAUGGGGGGUUACUAAAGCCUGGUAACAAUCUAAGUAGUUGAUACAAUGUUUUUAUGUUGCAGGUGGUAGCUGAUGCUGGUCUAAAUAAUGAAAUAACGUUGGAGAUGGUCUAUCCAGUCAAUAACCUGACUGUUAAGGUCGCAGCUUACACUAUCGCUGGUGAUGGGCCAUGGAGUGAGCCCGUGGUUGAAUCUCGGAGGACCUAUGGUAGACACUUUUCCUUGUCUGGUGUUAUCUCAGUCUGUUUUUUUUUUUCUGUCGCAUUUUAUCAGUCAUUGAACUCAUUUCUUGUCUUUUCAGAUGGAUCCAUAGGUCUUUUUAUUGAAGGUAAAGAAGGUUAGAUUUGCAAUUCUACAUUUUAUUGGGAUAUAGAUUGCUUAAGGCAUUUAAUUUAUUUUAGACGUAAAGGGACACUCCACUGCCCAAAUAAAUAAAAUAAUUAAAAUCACUGUUUAGUGUAUAUGCAACCACAAAUUAUUUGAUUAUGCAUCUUUUUCAUUGGGGAUAUAUGGAAAAACAGCGUGAUAAAUAUGCAGAUCUCUUGUCUGCAGCCUUGGUAAGCCCUCCCCUUCUAACCACGCCCAGACUUGCGGUCCAAUUACAGACUUCCCAAUGCAGCUUAAUGAGAAGUGUUUGUAAGCCAGGUGCUCUGGACAAUUGUUGCCUUUUGAGGUCAGCUGCAAUGAGCUAAACUAACCAGGAAGUAACAGGAACGGUUGUGAUUGACAGCCAAGAGGUGUACAGCACACAUGAGAUGGGAAAUGGGUUAACAUCAAGGGAUUAAAAAAUGGCCCAGUGGGACAUUUGGGCUUAGACAGGACUUCCAAGUCCUUCCAUACAGACAUUAGGAACAAGUGAUUUGUGUCUGAGACUUUAAGCCUGUAUCUCAGCAGCAGUCAUUGUCAAGAACUCUGUGCUGAUGAGACCUGUGACCUUGCAGCUUCUUCCAUACCAUUUGGGAAAUGUAUCAUGCUUAAAGACACAAGUCACAUAAACAAUGUUGCGAUUUCUCAUUGUAGUUUAUAUGCCAGUCGUGCACACCACCUUGAUUGAAAUGUGUUUUAUUUCCUCAGCUGUCACAGAUUAUGCCCCCACCUUUUCUGGGCACUGGUGGUAUGUGGUCUUGGCCAUUGCUGUUGCAUUUUUGUCUACCAUAUUAGUUGUCCUCUUUUUGGCACGUCUCAGAAAGAAGGAAACACGUUAUGGGUGAGUCUUGGAUACUGGAGAUUGUGGGAAAAGCAUGUUUUGAUGAUGAUAAAUAGAUGUAUAUUUGUGGUUUCAGGGAAGCUUUUGAGCCAACAGUUGAACAAGGCGAACUUGUCGUCCGUUAUCGAGUGAAGAAGUCUUACAGUCGAAGGACCACAGAGGCCACAUGUAAGAUAAACAACGUUGCCAUGCUACAGAACUAUCUCAGCAGACACAUCACAGGUUACAACGCUCCAGUCUACUAAUUUUCCCCUCUCCAAGAAAGCCAUCAGGCACCCAGGAUGAAGCCAUAGGGAGAACCCCAAAACCAUGUAACUGUUCGGAUUUACUCUCUACAAAGAGCAUAGGGCAUCAUACAGACUUGUUUAAAAUUUACCGCAUAUUUAUCUUCCUGUGGUCAAGAUAUAUCUUCUUAUUUUAUUGUGGGAAUUCUUUAUCAAAAUUAAUAUUCCCUGCCCUACCGUGUAAGGGAACUAGUAGUUUGUGAGGGAUUAUAGUUGUGCUCGGAGAACCACAGGGAACUCUUCGUACUUUGGCCAAUCGCCAGGAAAAGAUUGCUCGUAUAUUUUUCUUUGUGCUGUGUCACCAUCGUGAUCCAAAGCAUGACAUAGUCCCAAACACACUCCUUCCCAGUGGUCCCCUCCACCCUAUUACAGCAUCGACAGGGCAGUCUACAGACGUGUGCUGGGUGUUAAUAGGACUGGGUUCAGCUUCCCGAUAACCAGAGGCCUCUUUCAAAGUUUAGGGGGAUUUGGGAAGACUCUCGUUCCUUUAUCAGUUCUACGUCAUGUCUUCCAGAAGGCUGUCCAGUUUUUCGAUUACCUUAGCUGAGAUUUCUACUAUUUAGAGGAAAAUGGCCUUUUUCUAAUACUCAGUUUUAGCAUGUUUUAACCACACUCACUCUGUCAUUGCUUUCAGUACCAGGAUUAACUCAUUGUUUCCCCACCAGUAAACAGACUGGGCAUCAGUGAUGACCUUAAGGAAAAGCUGCGGGAUGUUAUGGUGGAUAGGCACAAGCUGGCUCUUGGCAAGACGUUGGGAGAAGGUGGGUUGUAAUUAUUGGUGAUUUUCUAUCAUUCUGUUAUCAUUCUUAUUUUACAGUGAAAAUAAAGUGAAAGCACCCUCGUGCCUCAUAUAUUUACACGGAGAGUGGAGGCAGGGACUUGGUAUUUUAGUAAAUUAAUGUAGGAUUUUGUUUUAAGGGAUGCAAUCAAUAUUGGUGCCGUACCGUUGCUUGUGGUCCUUUGAAGUUGUAAGAACUUUAUUAGUUACAGAUAUUUUGGCAUUUCAUGGCUGGGUACAUUGGUAACAUGUGUGCCAGGGUACAGGUCAUUACCUUGGCAUGUGGGCAUUUUAUGGACCAUGAGAUUGGCACAUUCUGUAUCGUGAAGUUCUGUCAUAAAAACUUUGUUGCAAGUUUAUAUCUGCAAGUGUUUUAUGUGGAUAAGAUCUGCUGCCAGCUCUACUGAACCAACGAUUGAUAGAUUCAAGUUCCCAGGUGUAACAGCAUGGAAUGAUUCCUGCUGCCUGUGAAAUGAUCCUACGUGAUCCCAAGUUUAGAAAGCAUUACACCAACACACAUGUAAGAUCGUUAGCAGCUGAAAGCUGACAUGUUUUCCAAAGUGGGAGAUUUUUCCAUAAGACCCUGAAGCUCCUGUCUCGUGGAACCCACUUCCGUUCUCUGUCUUAUCCUACACGCUCUGGAAAAGCAAUCAAAAAUCAGUCGUUGGUCUAAUGGCUUCCUCUAACACCUCCUGGGAGGCUGAACUCAGCCAAAACUGCCAGACUCGUUCCUGCCAGGAUGUUAUACAGGCCCGUUAACACAUUCACAGCCAACAAACAUUAAAGUCCCUCUAUCGGUCCCAGCAGGAAUUCCCAACCACUGCAACUCCCAGCAUGCUCACACAACCACUGCAACUCCCAGCAGGAAUUCCCAACCACUGCAACUCCCAGCAUGCUCACGCAACCACUGCAACUCCCAGCAGGAAUUCACAACCACUGCAACUCCCAGCAUGCUCACACAACCACUGCAACUCCCAGCGGGAAUUCACAGCCACUGCAACUCCCAGCAUGCUCAUAACCACUGCAACUCCCAGCAUGCUCACACAACCACUGCAACUCCCAGCAGAAUUCACAACCACUGCAACUCCCAGCAUGCUCACACACAACCCUUGCACUCCCAGCAUGCUCACUCAGCCACUGCAACUCCCAGCAUGCUCACACAACCACUGCAACUCCUAGCAGGAAUUCACAACCACUGCAACUCCCAGCAUGCUCACACAACCACUGGCAACCACUGCAACUCCCAGUAUGCUCACACAAUCACUGCAACUCCCAGCAUGUUUACAUAACCACUGCAACUCCCAGCAUGCUCACACAACCACUGCAACUCCCACCAUGCUCACUCAACCACUGCAACUCCCAGCAUGCUCACACAACCCUUGCAACUACCAGCAGGAAUUCCCAACCACUGCAACUCCCAGCAUGUUUACAUAACCACUGCAACUCCCAGCAUGCUUACUCAACCACUGCAACUCCCAGCAUGCUCACACAACCACUGCAACUCCCAAAACAAAUUAGAAAGGUCUCAGAUUGUCAAUUUAGUAAAUAACUCUUCUAGUGUGGAUGUGAUCUCAGCAGGGACGCGCUAUGUUCAUUAGCUCAAAGUAAAAACAGGAAACAAGACAAAUUGGGGAGAAACGAAAAAGCAGGCCGGCCUGUCGCUCACUAUGGAACUGUAACAUUGUGACUGCAAAUCCCAGCACUCCAAAAUCACUGCAAAUCUCAACACUCCAAAAUCACUGCAAAUCUCAUCACUCCAAAACCACUGGAAAUCCCAGCACUCCAAAACCACUACAAAUCUCAUCACUCCAAAACCACUGCAAAUCCCAGCACUCCAAAACCACUACAAAUCCCGGCACUACAAAACAAUUAUUUUAUUAUUUAUACAGCAAAUUCUGUAGUGCUUUACAUUGGGAUCUUACUCUCACCUGACCACUGCAAACCUCAGCACUCCACUCAAACAACUACAAAUACUAAUAUUCUCAUGAGACUAUGGCAAAUACCAACCUGUACAAUCUACACCGUGUGAUAGGAUUCCUUCAUUUAUUUAAAUGCUCUUGCUUCAGCAUAACUUGUUAUAACUGGUUCAUUAUGUGACCCUGUAAUCUCUAAUAACAAUCUCAUUUCACGCUACAGGGGAAUUUGGCUCGGUCAUGGAAGGUCAAUUAAACCAGGAUGAGUACAUUCUCAAGGUGGCUGUAAAGACAAUGAAGAGUAAGUCAUGAUGCGAGGAAACCUGCAUGUCCCAUAGCUCCCUUCUGUCUGUGUCACCCUGCAGUGGGAGGGACAGACUCCGUGUCCCAUAUCUCCUUCUGUCUGUGUCACCCUGCAGUGGGAGGGACAGACUCCGUGUCCCAUAGCUCCUUCUGUCUGUGUCACCCUGCAGUGGGAGGGACAGACUCCGUGUCCCAUAGCUCCUUCUGUCUGUGUCACCCUGCAGUGGGAGGGACAGACUCCGUGUCCCAUAGCUCCUUCUGUCUGUGUCACCCUGCAGUGGGAGGGACAGACUCCGUGUCCCAUAGCUCCUUCUGUCUGUGUCACCCUGCAGUGGGAGGGAGAGACUCUGUGUCCCAUAAGCUCCUGUCUGUGUCACCCUGCAGUGGGAGGGACAGACUCCGUGUCCCAUAGCUCCUUCUGUCUGUGUCACCCUGCAGUGGGAGGGACAGACUCCGUGUCCCAUAGCUCCUUCUGUCUGUGUCACCCUGCAGUGGGAGGGACAGACUCUGUGUCCCAUAGCUCCUUCUGUCUGUGUCACCCUGCAGUGGGAGGGACAGACUCCGUGUCCCAUAGCUCCUUCUGUCUGUGUCACCCUGCAGUGGGAGGGACAGACUCCGUGUCCCAUAGCUCCUUCUGUCUGUGUCACCCUGCAGUGGGAGGGACAGACUCUGUGUCCCAUAGCUCCUUCUGUCUGUGUCACCCUGCAGUGGGAGGGACAGACUCUGUGUCCCAUAGCUCCUUCUGUCUGUGUCACCCUGCAGUGGGAGGGACAGACUCCGUGUCCCAUAGCUCCUUCUGUCUGUGUCACCCUGCAGUGGGAGGGACAGACUCCGUGUCCCAUAGCUCCUUCUGUCUGUGUCACCCUGCAGUGGGAGGGACAGACUCCGUGUCCCAUAGCUCCUUCUGUCUGUGUCUUCUGUCUGUGUCACCCUGCAGUGGGAGGGACAGACUCCGUGUCCCAUAGCUCCUUCUGUCUGGGGUUUAAGUAACAUUCCCACCAGUUAUUGUACAUAUCCCAGAUUCCUCUUUUUCUCGUUCAGUUGCUAUCUGCACCCGCACUGAGAUGGAAGACUUCCUGAGCGAAGCUGUCUGCAUGAAAGAGUUUGACCAUCCUAACGUAAUGCGCCUGAUCGGUGAGUUAAAUCAACACAUGUUCAGCAAUACAAUUAGAAUGUGUAUGUAUUUAUUUUUAUUUUACAUUUCAGUGCAAAGCAAAGCCAGACUGUAUACACGUUGUUGGUAGUGGAGGGGUUAAGCUGCGUUUUCUUAUGCAGUUGAGAAGGUCUGAUGAAGUGGGAGGCUGUCAUGAAAUGUUGCAAAUCAGAAAAUAAAUGUAUUGAAAAACAGCCUUGUUUCUGUAGUUACUGUCCUACAUGCCCAGAUUUCUUGUACUGCGCUGCCAUCUAGUGGCUAAAUGGUGGAACAAUUAUUUUAUGCAGCAAGCACUUCCGAGUGGUACAUUUCAACUCUUUGGUAAUGAGACAUUAAGCAAUAGCCAUCUGAUUUUGGGUGGAACUGUUUUUGCAGUUUACACCAGAAAUCUUAAAGUUAUGACAAUCAGAAUGCCAUUAACCCUUUAAAUGGUAUAUCAGCCAGCCUUAAUCAUUUAUACUGCCUUAAAGGAGCACUGUGGGCACUAUAACCACUUAAUCUUAUUGAAGUUGUUAUAGUACAAUAAUCAUAUGUCUCCCCCCUCCUCCCCCCCCCGAGUAUUUUAAUAGAUUUAAGGCUUGAAAAGGCAGCUUCAAGCCAUCCCCGAGCCCUCUGAAUCUUCUCUCUGACAAGAUUCUGAUUGGCAGAUACAUCAGAGUGCUGCGCAUGCUCCUACUCCCCCAUUGCUCCUUUAUGAGAUACACCGGAUUGGACUAGCACACUGGAGGUGGCACUGCUGCUGAUGAAAAGGUGUGUAAAAUCAUAUUUUGUCUUAGAUUUUACACUGUGAAUGACGGGAGGACGGAGACAGAAGGGCUAUAGCUUUAAGAAUUCAGGCUUGUAUUUCUAAUGCUAUAGUGGCUCUUUAUUUAUCAUAAAACAUCCCUGAUGGACUCAAUAGCAAUUAACACUUGCACUAACAAUGAAAGUACUGUAAGUUUCUUAUUAACUAAGCAUCAAGUGAUGCCAAGUGAACUGAAAAGAUAACUUUAGGUACCAUUAGACAAUUUGAAAGACGUUAAAAGACAUCUGAGAUGCAACCUUUUCCUAUUUGGACUAUUUUAGCUUGAAUUUUGUAAGCCAGCUAUCUGUUAUCCACGACUCGUUGUUUAGUGAAUUAAUCCCUUGUCACAUACCUGACAAUUCAAUUAAUUGAAAGGAAUAAUAUGAAGGAGAACAAUCACCUGCUUGGGCUGAGCCCUUUCAAACUGUGCUUUCUCAUUGUUCCCCAUAUUGCAGGGGUGUGUCUGCAGAAUACAGAGAAUGAGGGGUACCCUUCUCCAGUGGUUAUUUUACCCUUUAUGAAACAUGGAGAUCUGCACAGCUUCCUUCUCUAUUCACGACUGGGAGAAAUCCCGUCUGCUGUGAGUACCCAUUACUGUACGAUUUUAUUUUAUGCUGUCAGCCAUUUUGAAUUCUGGACACCUAACUAGUCCCCACCUUCUUAAUUUGUUCUGUCCUUAGUAGAGCAACCUUCUAACCCAAUCUCCUUUAUAGUAAGCGUUCUUCUAGAACAGUGGUUCCCAACCCAGUCCAGGAUUUAGGGAUUACCCAGUUGUGUCUAAGGUGUUUUUAGAAAAGGAAAAAAAAACACUUUAGUCACCACAGGGUAAUUCCUAAAUCUUGGACUGGUAGGGGGUAGUUGAGGACUGGGUUGAGAACCCCUUUUCUACAGGAAUAAUAAGGGUUCAUGGUAAGGGUUCUCCUAGAGGAAUAAUAAGGGUUUACGGUAAGGGUUCUUGUAGACAUAGAGGAAUAAUAAGGGUUUACGGUAAGGGUUCUGGUAGAGCCAGGGGUUCUCAACCUUGUCCUCAAGGACCCCCUACCAGUCCAGGGUUUAGGGAUUACCUGGGUGUGUCUAAGGUGUUUAGAAAAAGAAAAAAAAAACCUUAGAGUCUAAGGUGUUUUUUUCCCCCCUUUUUCUAAACACCUUAGACACACCCAGAUAAUCCCCAAAUCCUUGACUGGUAGGGGGUCCCGAGGACUGGGUUGAGAACCCCUGUGGUAGAGGAAUAAAAAGGGUUUAUAGUAAGGGUUCUCCUAGAGUAAUAAUAAGGGUUCACGGUAAGGAUUCUGGUAGAGGAGUAAUACGGGUUUAUGGUUUCAUGUGACAAUCUUUCUUCUCUGUACCCAGUUUCUUCCCACUCAAACACUGGUAAAAUUCAUGGUCGAUGUUGCUAGUGGUAUGGACUAUCUCAGCAGUAAGAAUUUCAUCCACAGAGACCUGGCGGCCAGAAACUGCAUGUAAGUUUCUCAGAAAUUAAAGUAAAUGAACCAGGUCUGCUUUGCCUCCUCGUUUUUUCUGUCAUUUGUUGUUACUUUAUCACUUUAUUCUUCAUUCACUCUCUUUCACCUUCACCUAUUACUCCUUGUCUCUGACCCAUUUUGCAUCACUCAGAUCUUAAUACAAGUCUCACUCAUUCUCCUCAUCUCCUCCUGUUAUUAAACACGUGUUCCUUUUAUAUUAGCUUUUUUUCAUUAGUAUCUUGUUUUUUCUGUGUUUCCCUCAGUUUUAUUCUCAAUUUUAUGCCCCACCAUGUCUUGCUUAAAUUUUUCCUUUUCAGAAUGGGCUUCAUUUCUUACUCUUGCCUUCUGUACGGUUGCCUUAGAACCAUCUGAACCACUUAAUUGCAUUGAUCUGUCAUUCAGUGGUCACUUUCUUUCUCUCACAUGAUGAUCAUCCCACCAGGUUGAAUGAGAAUAUGAAUGUAUGCGUGGCAGAUUUUGGUCUGUCCAAGAAAAUCUACAAUGGAGAUUACUAUCGCCAAGGUCGGAUUGCAAAAAUGCCAGUGAAAUGGAUAGCAAUAGAGAGUCUGGCUGACAGAGUCUACACUACCAAAAGUGAUGUGGUGAGAGACAUUUACCAGACAAUAGCCAUAUGUUUAAAGAGUUAAGUCCAGUGCUUCAGUAAAGUGAUGUAAUGACAGGGACACGUUUACUCAAUUAUAAAAACAGUCCCAUGGAUGAGCAAAAUGAUCUCAUUACAGUGAUAUGCUUAGGGUACAGUCCCAUGUAAUUAAAGGAACAGUCCUGUGAAAGAGAAAAGUAGCAUCUUUAAUUAGUUAAAUGGACAGUUCCAAGUUUCAGUAAAGUGACCUAAUGAUAGUGAGAUAUGUAAUCAGUUAAAGGGACAGUCCUGAGUUUUAGUAAAGUCGCCUAAUGGUAGUGACAUAAAUCGGUUAAAGAUUCCAUAGAGGAGCAAAGUGUAUGAGAUAAUGACAAGAAAACAAUUUAUAACUUUUCACUUCCUACUUGUCUUAGUGGUCAUUUGGUGUCACCAUGUGGGAGAUUGCUACACGAGGCCAGACACCAUACCCUGGUGUGGAGAACAGCGAAAUUUACGAUUAUUUGAGGCAAGGGAACCGCUUGAAGCAACCCCCAGACUGCCUCGAUGGACUGUGAGUCUGAAAUCAUGUUUCUAUAAAUGCCAAAAUCAAGAUAGUAAUCAAAGCUGAAAGCUCUUAGGCUCAGCCACAUAAGCCUUGUUUAUCAGUGAGCCUUAUUAUCUUACACGUUGUCUGUUUAACAUUGUACAGAGUUUGACUUUAUAAAGCAUUGCAUUGAAAGAUGCUUUUGUCCUCUCUCAGGUAUGAGCUGAUGUCCAGCUGUUGGCAACUUAAUUCUAAGGACAGGCCAUCUUUUGAGAUACUCCAUGGGGAGCUGGAAAAACUCCUCAAGAACCUUCCACCAGCCAAGGAUCCCGAGGAGAUUCUGUACGUAAACAUGGAAGAUCCUAGCAUGCCUUCAUCUAAUGAUGAUGGUGAAUUGGGAGCAGUCGGUGGUUUAGAUGCAAAGGAUCUAGGGGAUGACAUUUUUAUGAAGACCAGUUCAAUUACAGCCGAAGUACACCACUCAGAGAAUGCUAACCGCUAUGUCAUGUGUCCAGCCCGUGAAACCACACGACUUAUGGGACUCUCAGCAUCCACGGACCAUCCACUGUACUUGGAAGAAGGGACUAUUGAAGAGGUGAACCAAGGAUAUUAGACAUGAACUCAAAGCAAGUUGUGCUUAAGGAGUCAUCUUUAUGCAUUCUGAAAUCUAAGUCUGGUGUUAGUACAUAUACAUGACCUUCUAACCUUCUGGAGAAUGCUACCUUUUCAAAGUCCUAGACAACUAUUCCUGGUACAUUUGAAGACAAUAUAAUGACUAUUUUUACAAUGUGUCUAUCAUACUGAUGGUUCUCAUUCUUGCUUGCUUUGAAGACAUGUCUCCAAGAGCCCCCACAGUAAUAGAAUAUGUAUGAAUAAAAACAGCUAUCCACCUGUGAUACAGCACGGAUAUCAGGCAACGUACUUUACUGGUACUGGCACUACUUCCAGUGGACAAUUCUCAAGUAGGUACAAGAACUGUUUGUAAUGAAACCAGCGGCAAAAUUGUGAAUUCCGUAAUCCAUUAAUUAGAAUCAGAAUCUUGCCUAGUGGCAGGGACUUGUUUCGAGCUUGCUCUGGGGCAAAUAGAUCUAAUGGUCCUAGUAGGUUUUUCUAGAACGUAAGAUGAGGAGCCUCGUGGUCCACAUUAUGAUGACUGGUGCUGGUCUGGAAGAUAUGAGAGCAAACUAGGUCUAACUAGAUACUAUAGGAGCAGCUUAUACAAUCCAGCAUUGAUUUAACUUUGGCUUCUAGAACAAAGAUCAUUUUGGUGCAUAUUCCAUAAUAAACUAUAUUUACAUCUUUCAGUAUGUUCCAGAGAGACAAUGCACAUUUGCCCAGUAUUGUAUUUACAGCUCCCUAAAAUAUAGUUCCCUGCAGUUCGAGGGUUAACCUCUGUGUCCCAUAGCUCCUUCUGUCGGUGUCACCCUGCAGUGGGAGGGACAGACUCAGUGUCCCAUAGCUCCUUCUGUCUGUUCACCCUGCAGUGGGAGGGACAGACUCCGUGUCCCAUAGCUCCUUCUAUCUGUGUCACCCUGCAGUGGGAGGGACAGACUCUGUGUCCCAUAGCUCCUUCUGUCUGUGUCACCCUACAGUGGGAGGGACAGACUGUGUCCCAUAGCUCCUUCUGUCGGUGUCACCCUGCAGUGGGAGGGACAGACUCCGUGUCCCAUAACUCCUUCUGUCUGUGUCACCCUGCAGUGGGAGGGACAGACUCCGUGUCCCAUAGCUUCUUCUGUCUGUGUCACCCUGCAGUGGGAGGGACAAAAUCUGUGUCCCAUAGCUCCUUCUGUCACCCUGCAGUGGGAGGGACAGACUCUGUGUCCCAUAGCUCCCUCAGUCUGUGUCAUCCUGCAGUGGGAGGGACUGCCUGUGCAGUGUGUCAUAGAGUUCCCAGCUGAUUGCGCUGCUAUCUCAUAUUUGGAAGUGACCAUGCUGCAAGUGCCCUGUAACCACUUGAUGUGCAUUUCCAUAUAUUUUCCAUGCUACUAUUUUGUUUACACUCACUGCCAUGCUGUUUUAGCGAUUUCCUGCAUGUUUUUUUGUAUAAAAGUGGAGAUUCAUUAAUCAUUAAAAAGCUGCGAAGUGCGAUGAUCCUGAAGACGCCUGUUUCAUUAUACAGCAGCUCGAUCUCUCUUUAUUUCUGUUAACCAUCAAUACAAAUAACGUUAACACGGAGUCAACAUUUCAUCCGGGCAAAGGCCGUGGAUUUGACUAUAUUUUCUCCUAUUUGCAUCACGGUACAAAAUGACAACACACUGUCUAUUGACAUGAACUGGACUAUAUGCCAUAGUAAAGUGUAAUAUCGACCAUACUAUGCUGCCGGUCAAUAUACUUUUAAUAAAGUUGAGAAAAAUGACUUUUUCAGUAUUGUGACACUUGUCCUUUGAGGACUGAUUUUUUUAGAAAUGACAUUAACCCUGAGAGUGCUGGGGUCAGCGUACGGUACAGUUGAUUGGUCAGAUUCCAGCAUUCCUCUUACAGUCUGACACAACGGAGCGCUCCAGACAUUUGUGCAAUCACGUUUAAAAAAAAAAAAUGUAUAUACAUAUUUUUGUAUAUGAAAUGAAAUAUAUAUUUCUUUACACUUUGCUGUUAGAAAAGCUUGAACUGUCAAAUAAAUGCAUUUUUAAUCUAUAUGUUUAAUUUUUAUUUUGUACAUGUAUAAUUUUUAGUUGAGAAAUAAACUCAUUCCACACAAUGAAAUAAAUCUGUCUGUAAUAAUUCAGUAUAAUAGAGAUUAUAUAACAGAGAGUAUAAAGUUUAUAUGGAUCAAAACAUAGAAAAAUAGAGUAAUAGAAGGAGUUAUAGGGCGGUUAUGCAGAAUAAUAGGAGGAGAUAUACAGAGUAAUAGGAGGAGUUAUAGGGCGGUUAUGCAGAAUAAUAGGAGGAGUUAUACAGAGUAAUAGGAGGAGUUAUAGGGCGGUUAUGCAGAAUAAUAGGAGGAGAUAUACAGAGUAAUUGGAGGAGUUAUAGGGCGGUUAUGCAGAAUAAUAGGAGGAGUUAUACAGAGUAAUAGGAGGAGUCAUAGAGGGUUAUAUGAGUAAUAGGAAAAGUUAUAGGAAAG